GAAGGCCAAACGCCGGGGGUUGGUUUAAAGGGGAAAAAUCUUCCUGUGAAAAUCCAUGCCCGAAAUGAGUGUGCGUGUUGCGUGAGAAAAAUCAAUUUUGGCAUUUUGAACGCACAGCCAGAACCAGGCACCAGUCGGCAACCAGAAGGAACGAAGGAAAAAAGGGCUUGUCCAAAUGAGAAUUUGCCAUAACGAAAGGAGUUUAACGAAAUCAAUGCUAUCAUGGCUGAUAGCACAGAUCCAGGCAAGGAUCCAACCAUAGAUGCCGGAGGAGGUGGAGCUGCUGACGCGCCUCCAAUUCCAGCUGUUCGGCGUCGUCGUGCGCAUGAGCAUAAAUCCUCCUCAAGGGAGAAUAUUGAGGAGCAGGAACAGCUGGAGACAUCCACAGUGACGCGAACGUACAUGAAAACCAUUACCACAUCCUUGACAACAUCCAGCAGUAAUCUAGAAGAGGAAUAUUCUGCCAGCAGCAGCUCGAACCCAAACCAGCAACGUUUGCGCCAGAAGGUGGCACAAUAUGAAAAGAUCUGGUCGGAUGGCACUGCUGCCAGCGGCAAACGCACCGCUGAGGUGAGCUCCGAAGAACUACGACAAGACUCGAACCAGGAUGAUGACCCGGAGAAUCCCUUUGACAUUGAUGUGCACGAGAUUGAGCGACGCUUGCGUUUGGAGCGACAACGCGGCAUGGCCGAGGCGGAGGCAGCCAAGCUUGCCUUCCAGCAGGUUCAACUGCGGCACACAACACCGCCACCGCCACCGCCGUCGUCGCUGCCACGUCGCGUGGAGGUGACCAGCGAGCAGACGGCCAGCCCGUUUAAUGUGACCUUGAGAACCACCAGUCGGAUGAGCCCCGGUGCCGAUCAUGGGAAUGUGGAGGAGCAGCUAUCGCCCUUUAAUGUGACGCUGCGUACGACCAACACGCGACGACACACAAGGAAGGUGGAACUGGAACGCUUUCUCGAAGGCGAACGAAUGGUGAGAGAGGUGCCCGCUGCCGAUGGGGUAAGGACCAUCAUUACCUCGUCGAUGACAAGCGAUGGGGGCUAUGCCGAGGAGAAAAUCUAUCGCCAUGGCGAGGGAUAUGUUUCUCCGCGUGACUCACCCUCGUGGUCGCGCUCGCAUUCCAGUUACUCCGGCAGUGAGAGGUCCAGUGUGACGCCACCGCGUAGCGUUGACUUGACCGCCGGCGGUAGAAGGAUACUUAUUAAGCUGGAGAAUGAAACCGAACUGGGAGCUGGAACCGAACUAAACGACGAAACAGAUUCAAGUGCCGUGAAUCGUCGGCACCAAGACGUGGCCAUGGCAACGGGCAACAUUGACAUUACCGUUGGUAGCAGCAACCCCCGCAGGCGUUUAUACCAACAAACAACUGUCCAGGUGGGUGGCAACGUAGCACCGCCACAACAACUGCAACAGCAACAGCAGCAGCAGCAGCAACAGCAACGUCCCAGGGAACUUUCCCUCGAAACUGGAGGAACAAAGAAAAAGACAAUGCUACUAACAUCCACGCCGAUUGGCACGAAGGAGCAACCGCAGGAACCAAUCAGUCCAGCUGGAACGUGCCAAUUGCGUGGUUCUUCAGCGGAAGAGCAACGGAAAAUUGUAAGCCACAAAACGAUAACCACUACCGGUAGCAGCACCACGAAAUCGAAAUCGAAAUCCUCGACCUCCUCCUCAUCCACAUACACGUCCACUUCGCGCAAAUUAAUCGACGAUUCGCCGUCCCCGUCCGCUGGGAAUAUCUCGUUUACGGCCUCGCAAAUAAGUCUAAGUCGCGAUAACGUAUCGAACGCCGGCGAUAUUAUCGAUAACGAUUCCGAUACCGAAGGCAGACCGGCCAGCAGCAUUGUGAUUGUGUCCACACCCUCACGCUCUGUGACCCCAUCAACGCCCAGCACGACAGCAGCUCACGCCCACGCCCACGCCCACGCCCACGCCCUCAGCGGCAUUGGCACUUUCAGCAAGAGUCUGCGACAGGAUUAUCAGACUCAAGUACAGCAAAGUGGCAGCCGUGGCAGCAGCAGCAACGAAAACGAAUACCAGGAAUUCCAAUCCACAAUGGCGUCGAUCAAUUUCGCACGCAGCAAUUCCCAGUACGACAGUCAUAUCAAGGAGAAACGAGAGGAGCAAGAACGUGUGCAGAAGAAGACAUUCACUAAUUGGAUUAAUUCAUACCUAUUGAAGCGUGUUCCACCGCUUCGUAUUGAUGAUUUAAUCAAUGAUUUACGCGAUGGCACAAAAUUAAUUGCAUUGCUCGAAGUACUGUCCGGUGAACGUUUGCCCGUGGAGAAGGGCCGUGUACUGAGACGACCACAUUUCCUUAGCAAUGCCAAUACGGCGCUGCAGUUUUUGGCCAGCAAACGUAUCAAAUUGGUCAAUAUUAAUCCCGCAGAUCUGGUGGAUGGGAGACCACCAGUUGUGUUGGGUUUGAUAUGGACAAUCAUAUUGUACUUCCAGAUCGAGGAGAACAGCCGCAACCUAGAAUAUUUGGGUCAUGGUAUUGGUGGUUCGGUUAGCUCCCUCGACAGUGUUGGCAAUCAAAAGCAUGGCGACCUUAAAGCUGAGAAAUGGAAGCAGGGAGCCAGAAAAACGCUACUCAAUUGGGUGACAAAUGCCUUGCCAAAAGACAGUGGCGUGGAGGUGAAAGAUUUCGGCGCCAGCUGGAGAGAUGGCGUCGCUUUCCUAGCCCUGAUCGAUGCCAUUAAAGCGAAUUUGGUUAAUUUAGCAGAGCUAAAGAAGGCCAGCAACCGUCAGCGUUUGGAGACAGCUUUCGAUGUGGCCGAAAGCAAGUUGGGCAUUGCCAAAAUAUUGGACGCUGAGGAUGUGGAUGUACCCAAGCCAGAUGAGAAGAGCAUCAUGACAUAUGUGGCACAAUUCUUGCACAAGUAUCCCGAACCAAAGGGUGCCUCACGCGAUCAGUCGCAUGUCCAGCAAGAGGCGGACGAGCUGCGUCGCUUCUUGGUGGAGAAGACCACCGAGUAUGAGCCCAUGGUCAUGCAGAGCUCUUUUCCGCGUGAUUUUAGUGAAUAUUUGCUGGCACGUUCCGAGGUCGAUGCACACUUGUCGGCAUAUAACCGACUAAAGCAAUUGAUUGAGAGCCAAAGCGGUUUCCUGCAGGUCUCACAUCAAUCGUGGAAUCAAAUCAAUGAGCUGUGGCAGCGCCUCCAGUACCAGAUGAUGUACUGGCUCUGGCUAUUGGAUGCCGAGCUGCCUGGCGAGUUCGGCAUUGUGGGCAAAUGGCUGGCCGAGGCCGAAAAACUACUAAUGGACAAUGAUAUACCCAAUGCCAUGAAUGAGGAGACGGCGGCUGUGAUUAGUAGAAAGCUGGAGGAGCAUAAGCUCUUCUUUGCCGAUCUGCCGCGCAUUCUGGCCAUGUUCGAUAAUGCCAAACGUUCGCCCUUGGCCCAGCAGGUGCCGCUGGAGCAGCUGCGGAACAUGGAGCGUCGCCUGCAAGAGGUGGGACCCAAGGCCGCUGAACGGCGCAUCCGUUUGAAGUUCUUGGAGCACAAGUGCUGCCUGAUUGCGUUCCUCAAUCUCGUGGAGAACAAGAUGCGCGGAUGGACCGGCAAGUAUGGGCACGAGGAGAAGGUGGCCCAACAGCUGGAGCAGUACAAGAACUUUGUGUCGCGCAACAAGAUCUUCCAGGAGUUCCAGAAGGCCUUCGUGGACAUGCAACAGGUCGUGGAGGAGUACAAGCGCGACGGCAAUGUGCCACGCAAAGACAUCAACGAGAUUGAUCGCUUCAUGUACGAGACGGAGGAGCGCUGGAAGCGUGUCUCCAUGGAGCUGAAGUGCUGCCAGAACUCACUCGAGGAGGUGGUCAACUGUUGGCGUAGCUGGAACCAGCUGGCACCCAGCUGUGAGGAAUGGCUGCUCCUAGCCGAACAGAAGGUCAAUCAAAGCGAAGACGAUCGUCUGGAGUUCUUCCAGGAUAUACCCGUGUGGAAGGACAAGUUUGAUGCCUUGGCCAACUCGGCCAACUAUCUGAUUGCCUCCUGCGAGGAGCCCAUUGCCCAGCAGCUACGCCAGCGUCAUGGCACACUGGCCGAGCGCUUUGAGCGUCUGUUUGCCAACACCAAGCAGUACAUGCACGCGGGCGACAUCAUACGCUCCCGCCAGGAGUACAAGUCAGGCAUUGAGCAGCUGUCCCGCUGGCUGCGUGGCGCCGAAAGUGUACUCGAUCAGCGUCAGGUGCUCGGCAACAGUGAGCAGAUCCGCCAGUAUGGCCAGCAGCUGCAACAGCUAGCCAGCGAGAUCGAUGACAACGAAGAGCUGUUCAAGACAAUUAGUCGCAACUUCCAGGGCCUCAUCCAAGACUUGUCGCGCGAUGAAGUAGACAAGAUGAUGAAGCUCCUGAAGCAGGAGAAGGAAUCGCUGGUGCGAAUACGCGCACAGCUGCCGGCCAAGCUGCAUCUUUUCCAUCAACUGCAGAUUCAACAGGAAUCGCUGGAGGCUGGCCAAAAGGAGAUCCAUCAGUGGCUAAGCGAGGCCGAGCAACUGCUGAGCACGCACAACCUCACGGGCGGACGGGAUUCGAUCAACGAGCAGCUGCACAAACACAAGACAUAUUUCUCGCGCACCGUUUACUAUCGCUCCAUGCUGGAGAGCAAGAACAAGGUGUUCCAGAAUCUACUAAAGGCCGUGGCAGCCGAUGACAAGAUCGACACGGCGCCCGGCACACAGCAAAUGCAGCAACUGAACGAACGCUUCAACUAUGUGAUCCAGAAUGCCCAACAAUGGGAGCAGCGUCUGGAUGCUGCCGCUGGUGGCUGGAGUAACUUCAAGGAUAACGAACGUGUCGUGAGCGAGUGGCUCACCCAGGCCGAGUCCAUGCUUGUGGAGAAGCACAUCGAAUCGAAGACCACCAUCGAGACACAGAAAUAUUUCUUUGAGCAGGUCAAUGAUCGCUGGAUGAACGACCUUGUGCAAUCCGCUCAGCAAUUGCUGACCACCUUGCCCGCCCAGGAGCAGCCAGCGGUGGUGCAGAGCGUCGAACAGCUGCAGUCGCGCUGGAAGAAUGUCCUGUCACAGGCACCGCUCCAUCUGCUGAAGCUGGAGUUCCGUUUGGAUGAGAAUGCGUUCUAUCAGUCGCUCAAGGAUGUGGAGAAGGAAUUGCAGCUCGAGCAGCAGGCACUCAAUCGCAACGAAGAUGUGGACUCCAUACUGCAGCGCAAUCAGCAGUUUUUGGUGCAACAGGAUGUGGUGCCGAGGCUAGAGCGUUGCCUGCAGAAUAUGCAACGCUUGGCCCAGGCACACCGACAGCAGCAGCCCGGCGACAUCUCGCUGGAUCAGGCCUACGACAAUGCGCAGGCCCAGUGGCACGCGAUGUCCAACAAACUGGCGGACAUGCGACAGACACUGCAGCAGAUCCCCGCCCAAUGGCAGGGCUACCAUCAGAAGUUCAAUGAGAUGAUACAAUGGAUGAACACAGUCGAUCAGAGCCUCAAGAAUAUUGUCAAUGAAGUGAAUACCAUGGAGGAAUUUGAAAAGGAGAAGGUCGUGUUUCAGCGAAUCUGCCAGGAUGCAGACAACAAGCGUGAAGACAUGAAGUGGCUGGUGAAAACCUUGGACUCGCUGCUCAGCUAUGCCACCGAAGAUGAGGCCAACAUGGAGCAAAAGAAACUGGAAGAUCUGAUUGCACGCUACAAGAACCUCAUACCGACCAUUGAGAUCACAAUGGUCAAGACGGAGGUGUUCUCCAAAUGCUACACCUACCGCCGCGAGGUGCACGAGGUGGUGUGCCUGUUGAGCAAGGUCAAGGAUCAGACAGCCAAUAUUCCAGCGCCGGACAGUCUGGAGCGUGUGAAUCGUUUGAUUGAAGAGCAGCAGUAUGCCAUCAAUCAGCUAGAUCAUCAGCGGCCGCACAUCAUGUCGAUGCUGCAGCGUGGCCGUGAUCUCAGCAAGGACUUGCACGCCCCGGCAUUUGUCAAUGCCGAGGUUAAGAGUCUCGAAACAGGUUGGAACCAGGCCUACACACAGACCUCCGACAAGCUGCAGGCACUCAAGGGCACCCAGGCGGUGUGGAGUGACUUUGUUGACCAGAAGAACGACAUCUUCUCCAUGCUGCAGACAGCCGAAACGGAGCUGCGUUCCCUGACGCCGCUGCAGACGGAUCCGAAGAAUGUUAGUCAGGAUCUGAAGUCGAAGCGCGAUCUAAAUGUGCAGCUGCAGCAGGCCUCGCAUCAGCUGCUGCCCAAGCUGCAUGCCCUCAAGUCCGAGCUGGCGCCGCUGGCUGCCGCCGACAAGCGUCCCUUGCUGGAGAAGGAGGUCACCGAAGUGGAGAAGAUGUUCUUCAAUACGAUGGAGCAUGUCAAGGAUCGCGUUGGCUAUCUAGAGGACUACAGUGCCAAGUGGAACAACUACAAGACGCGUCUCGCUGAGCUGCAGGAAUGGGCCAACAAGGUGGCGCCCAAGAACAUCGAAGCGCUGCAGUCCGAGGACCUCACACCCGAAGAGCGUGUGGUCAAGGUGCAGAGCUUCAAGCGCGUGCUAGGAGACCGCAUGAAGCAGCUAGAUCUACUGGCUGCCGAUGCCUCCGAGCUGGCACCGAAAGAGGGCAACAUUGCCGAAGCGAAGCGUCUAAAGGGUGAAAUCUCCAAGCUGCAGGAGGUGCUCAGUGCGAUCAAUCGCAAUGUGGACCAUCAGGCACAGGCCGUGCAGGAGGAUCUCCUCAAUUGGCAGCAAUUCCAGGCCGGCCUACAGCAGAUCAAGCCCGCGGUGGAGCAAAGCGAAGUGAAGGUAAAUAAUGUAGUUUCUAAACCCCAGACCCUUGAAGAAGCCGUUGCCAUGCAACAGAAUGCCCAACAAUUUGAAUCACAAUGCCAGGAGCAAUUGGACAAGCUCCAUGGCAUCUCGAACAUCAGUCAUAAAAUGUUGUGUAAAACGAAUGCGCCCGACGAACUGGAUGCCAUGCACUCCCGCUGGUCCGCCGUCCACGAGAAUGCCAAGCAGGCGAGCGCCAAGCUCGAAAAGUUGGUUGGCAAUUGGAAGUCCUUCGAUGCCGAUGCCGGCAAGCUGGAGGACUGGAUUGGCCAGGGCGAGCAGCAGAUGGCCAAGCGUCCGGCUGUGCUGAACACGCCGCACAUUGACAAACUGGAGAAGGAGUUGGUCAAACUGAAGUCCUUCAACAAUGAGAUCUCGCAGCAGCAGGCCAAGCUGGUGGCCUUGGGACAGAAUGCCGAUCAGAUCAGUCUGCAUUUGGCGCCCGAGGGUGCCGCUGCUCUGAAGGAUCGCGUCAACCAAAUGAAGGGCAAACUGCAGAAGUUAUCGGAGGCCACGAGGGGCAACAUCAACGAGGUCUCCGAUGCCAUUAUCUCAAGGCAGGACUUUAACGCGAAGCUCGUGAACUUCUCCAAUUGGAUGGAACAGUUGAGGAAUCAGGUUACACAGGUCGAGGAAAUCAAUCCGGAGCGUGUGGAGACGAGUCUGCAUGUGAUCCAUGCUCUGAUGCAGGAGCAUGCGGACAAGAAGCCCAGCUUCAAUGCCAUCUACGAUGAGGUCAAACAACUGGCUUUGGGUGCCACACCAGAGGAAACGAAUGCCUUGAAUGAUGCCUACACCGCUCUGGUUGUUAAUUAUCAGAACUUGGAGACAAAUAUGCUGCAGAAGAAGGCUGCCCUGGAGAAGUGGACAGAGCUUUUGGGUUGGAAGAACGAUACGGAAUCCCAUUUGAAUUACUUGAAGCAUCAGUUGGACAAGCCCGAGGGUCCCGCUGCGGAAGAGCUGGGCAAGGUUAUCCAAGAGAUUGAUUCUUUGGGUCAAGGCAUAAGCUACUGGAAGGGUCAGGCCAAGGAAAUUGAUGAGAAUCCUGCCAUCCAGCUGCGUGAUGCCCUGUCGCGUCGUCCACUGAUUGCCACACAAAUUGUCAACGAUGUGGAGAACAAAUUGGAAAAUCUAAAGCUGCGUUCGCAGAACCAACAGCAACAGCUGCAGCAGAUGACUGUGCGCAAGGAUAAAUUCCAUGCGUUGGAGCACAAUUUCGGUCAGUCGCUGCAGGAGAAUCGCGACAAGCUGCAGGCGAUACUCCGACAGCAGCCAACACUCAAUAAUAUUGAUCAGAUCAUUGCCGAUUUGGUGGCACUCAAUGAGGCACUCAAGUAUCAGGCGGAUCUCAAGAAUCGCAUCCAUGAUGAGGGUUCGCUGCUGAUGCGCGAGGACAUUUCCAGCAUGCCGGCCAUCCAGGAGAGUCUCUUGGUGAUGGACAAGAACUAUGAUUCGCUGCAGAAUGAAAUAGCCGAACGCAUACAGAAAUACAAUCUGAUUAGUCAGGCCCUGAGGGAGUAUGCUGAAUCGAAGGAUAAGUUCUCCAAGGAGCUCAAGAAAGCCGAAGAUCUGUUUAAUGCCAUACCCCAGCAGCCACGCGACGAAACGGAGCUGCAACAGGCCUCCGAGAAGACAAGGAAGACCCUGGAACAGCUGAGGAAAUCCAAGCUAAGUCUCGAUGAACUCGAGAGACGUGGCAAUAAUGUGGGAAAACUAUUCAGUGCAAUUGGCGAACCCAUACCCCAGGAGGUGCCACAGGAGGUGAUGGUCGCCAAACAGACGUAUCAGGACCUGCACGAUAAGACGGCCAAGAAUGCUCAUGUCUAUGAAACGGAAGCGGUUAUUUGGUCACAAAUCGAAGAUGCCAAAAAGGAUCUGCUGCCAUGGUUAAACGAAACCAAUCAAGGUCUGUGCGAUGCGGCAGAUAAUUCCAUUGAAAUUGAGUUUGCGCCAAUGCGUCUCACCAAAUACCGCACGGAAUUGCCUUCCUAUCAGGCUCUGAAGGAUACAAUUGCAGAGAAAACCAAGGAUUUGGGUGGAGAUAUACCCGCUCUGCGGGCCCUCAAUCAAUUGUUGGAUGAGCAGUUUGCAGAGGUGUCCGACAAUGCCGAACGUUUGAGUGCCAUUACCACAUCGUUUAAUGAUCAGGAACAAGAGCUGCGCAGGCGCUCAAAGGUGGCAGGCGAACAGGUCAGCAAGCUGCGCGAACAACUCAUUAAGUGCGAUGACAUGUCGGGCGAUAAUAACAAAAUCAUGGAGCGUCUGCUCCAAUGUCGUGCGUUGCGCAAAGAUCUAGAUGAAAGUGGCAACGAGAUUGACAACAUCAAGCAGAAGGUGGACGAACUGCGCAACCUUUAUCCCACAUUCAGUGAGUCCAUCAUCCCGAAAGAACUAAACAAUGUGCAAAAGCGCUAUGAAGGUGUGGAUUUGUAUGCCAAGAAGAUUGAGAGCUCGCUGCUGCAGUUCCUCAAGAAGUUCCAUGCGGAUAGGGUGGGCAUGCUGAAGCGCAUCAUUGCCACGCAACGCGAAAAGGUGGCUUGGUGUCAGCCAGAAUCGUCGAGCGAUAAAUACAAUCUGGAUGUCAAGAAAUCCUCGCUGCAGGAGGUCAGCAAGAGCAUUGACGAGUGCAAGGCCAGACAUGCAGAGACCUUGAAAUCCCUGGAGAUGUUGAAGGCUGUGGAGUCGCCACAGAAUCUACAGGAACUCACCAAGGAUGCACAGCUGCUGGACAACGAUAUGAAGGCCCUGCAGGAUAGCUUUGAUCAGAUCAAGAGCAUACUCGAUGAGAAUGUGGAUCUGUGGUCGCAGUACGAGCAAUCGAACGAGCAAAUAUCAAAUUGGUUGCGUGAUGUGGAGGGACGCGUCAAAGCGGAGACCAGCAGUCAAGUGAAUCUUCCCGAAGUGCCACAGAAACUGCAGGAGCUGGCCAUACUACAGCAGGAUGUCCUGGCCCAUGAGCCAAUUAUCCAAGCGUUAGAGCAGACUUCGCAGCAAUUGAUUGAGAAGAAUCCCGAGGCAAGGAUUGGACAAUUUGUGCAGCACCUCGUGCAGCGUUAUCAGGCUGUCAGCAAGAGUCUCAAUGGAUACAUUGACAAAAUACGCAGCGCACAAUUAUCCAACACCAACUUUGCCAAGGCUUCGAAGGACUUUAAUGAAUGGCAGAGCGAUGCCAAGAUUGAAUUCCAAGAACUGGCACGCAUGGGCUCGCCCGGAUCCUCCUCAGCCACAGCCCAACAGCUGCAGACAAUCAAAAACUACAUCAAGACACUGGACAACGGGCAGAUAUUGUUGAAUAAUGCUGUGGAUAUAGGUGAAAACUUGUACCCCGUUGUGUCGCCUGAGAAUCGUGAACGUAUACGCGCGGACCUCCGACAAAUGAGGGAAAAGUUCGACUAUCUGCGCGAUGAGGCGAAUGCGUUGCUGCAACAGGUUGAGGGUGUGCUCAUACAAAAGACAUCCAUCGAGGAGAGCUACACCCAAGUGUCGCACUAUCUGAAUGAGUCGCGGGCAAAGGUUACAGCUGUCGAUGAACUCUAUCCCACUUUGGCCACCAAAAAGGCAGCCCUGCAGAACUAUAAAUCGCAACUACAGGACAUUACGCUGCACAAGAAUGCCUUGAAGCAGCUGCACGACAAGGCGGUCACCUUGUGCGAUGAUGAGUCCGAAAGAAAGACGGACGAGUCCAUCCAGGAGUACAAUACGUUGUCCAAGAAGAUCUCCGAUCGCAUUGGGAUCGUGUCCAAUCAAGUGACCAAACAUGAGGCCUACGAUCAGGUGCUGGAGAAGGCUCAGGACUGGCUGAACACCAUCAAAUCGGAUGCCAUAGACAUACUCAAUGAGACCACGUUCGAGAAGGAGGGAGCCGAAGAGAAGCUGUCCGUUGUUGAGAAUCUUUUGAAGCACAAACCCGAAGGAGAUGCCAUAUUUGAGACGUGCCACAAACUACUAGAAACUGUAUUAAAACAGACACAUCCCAACGGACAUCCAGCGCUGCUGAAGGGUUUUGAGGAGCCAAAGCAUGCGUGGGAGGAAUUUAUGGUUUUGUGUGAGGAUUCGUUGGUGAAACUCAAGCAACUCUGCUCGAAAUGGGAUGAAUUCGAUUCGAUUAUCGAAGAUCUGGACAACUGGAUGAAGAACGUGGAGGGUGUCGUCAAGAACCAGAACCUUAAGAGCACUGCGGAUGCAAAGAGUGCACAUCUUAAGCAACUGCAGGACAUAUCGAAGGACAUUGAACGUCGUGGCACGGCCAUCAAUGAGCUGAUGGAUCAGGGUCGUGAAAUCGAAGGUGAAACCGAUUUGAAUCUAAAACUCUCGCGCUUGAACACGCGCUAUCAGACGCUCAAAAAUCUGUGCAAGGAAUCGAUAGCAAAGUACACGAACUACGUGAAGGAUCACAAGAGUUUCGAUCAGGAUUUCGAAGCGUUCAAGGAGAGCUUGCAGUCUUCGGUGAAUGAUUUGUCGAAGGCCAAUGAAAUCACUGGCGAUCAGAGUGUGCUCCAGGAACAGCAGAAUAAACUCCGCGAGAUGUCAGAUAAACGCAUUUCCGACUCCACUCUGUUUGAGGGUCUCAUCGAUCGUGGGGAGAAGCUGUACGGACACACCAGUCCCGAGGGUCGUGAGAUUAUACGCCAACAGUUACGCUCUCUGCGCACUCUGUGGGAUAAUUACACGGACGAUUUGAAUGCGGCCACCCAAAAGAUUGAUCAAUGUCUGUUGCAGUUUAACGAAUUCAGCAUUGCCCAGGAUCAGUUGACGAAAUGGUUGAAGGAUGUGGACAAGGCCAUGCAGAGCCACACGGAGCCAAAGACCACGUUGCAGGAGAAGCGCGCCCAGUUGCAGAAUCAUAAGUUGUUGCAUCAAGAGAUAACCACACACAAUGUCCUCGUGGAUAAUGUGUGCGACAAGGCACAGCUACUGAUUGAUCAAAUCAAGGAUAACUCCUUGAACAUCUACCUGCAUUCGAUUAAGGAAUUGUUUCAGAACAUUGUCCAAAAGUCUGAUGUGAUCCUGCAUAAUCUGGAGGACUGUGUGCAGCGGCAUAACGAUCUAAACAAUGGUCUGUCCUCGGCCAAGACAUGGAUAUCAAAUGAGAAGGCCAAGCUCUUGGAAUGUGACGAUGCCUAUGGCGAGAAGGCGGACAUUAAGCGUAAGAUCGAAACCCUGGGACAACUGGCGCAGAACAAACCUCAAGCCAUGAAACUGAUCAGCGACAUACGCGAGCAAUUCGACAAAGUGAAGCCCACAACCUCGGACAAAGGUAACGAAGUGUUGGACAAGGAAAUCGAUGAACUGGAGACCACUUUGAAGUCCCACUUUGACGACAUCGAGGGCAUUGAGGGCAAACAAAAGGAUGUUCUCGUACAGUGGGAUAAGUUUGAGAAGACCCUCGAGGAUCUGACCAAAUGGUGCCGCAAUGCCGAAGCCGUAUUCCGUGAGCAACAGCUCCAGUCGACGCUGCACGAAAAAGUUGAACAGUUGGAGAAAUACAAGAUCCAACGCGAAUUGAUUAUCCAGAAAGAACGUGAGAUUGAUGCCUUUGGCGAUGCCGCCCAUUCGCUGCUCAACAACUGCGGGGCAGAUCGCUUGAAAACGCUGACCACACAGAUCACGAAUCGUUAUCAACUGCUGCAGGUGCUGAGCAAGGAAGUGGUCAAUCGUUGGUCGAAUCUCGUGGAUGAUCAUCAGUUCUAUCAGGACAAGUAUAAUGAGGUUGAUCUGUGGCUGCAGCCGAUUGAAAAGCAAAUGGAGAAGGUGCUACUCAAUGAUGAACAGGAGCAUAACAUAUUGCAGGUUCUCUUAUCCGAAAAGGAGCAGGCCGAGAGUCUCUUUGGUGCUUUGAAUGCGGCUGGAGAAAAGGCUUUGCCAGAGACAUCGACACAGGGCAGAGAGAAGAUCCGUAAGGAUUUGCGUGAUAUACGCGAUCGUUGGGAUAAACUGGACGAGGGAAUACGCAAUCUGGAGAAACGCCAAGAGGCCCAGACCGUCCAACUGUCCAGCUAUCAGGAUAUUCUCAAUCAAACUGUCAACUGGUUGGAUCAAGUGGAAAAGCUGCUAAGCAAUGAGAACCCUUCGACAUGGACCAGUGCACAGGAGAUACGCUCCAAGCUGUACAAGUACAAGGCCACCAAUCAGGACAUCAACUCACACAAACGCAUCGUGGAGGCUGUUAACGAAAAGGCAGCUGCCCUGCUGGGAAGCUCUGCCCCACCCAAUGCCGAUGAAAUAGCUCAUGCGGUGACCGUGGUGAACAAACGCUACGAGCAGGUGGGACAGCAGUGUGCCCAGCUGGUCUCCGAUCUGGAUGCGGCCUUUGAGGUUUACCAACAGUUUAGUGAACUGCAAAAGGCGCAACAGGACUACCAGAAGAAUCUCUGGGAUCGUCUCACUGGCUACUCUGAUUACUCCGGCAACAAGGCGGCACUGCAGGCGCGUCUCCAGAAGAUCAAUGAGAUUCAGGACGCUCUGCCAGAGGGUGUGGCCAAGCUGCAAUCUCUGGAGGAACACAUUCAGGCAAAUGCCACGAAUAUACCGCCACGAUCCAAGGAGGCCAUGGCCAGGGAUUUGGGCAAUCUACAUGCAGAUUUUGAAAAGUUUGGCGCGUCCCUGAGUGAUGUCAAGAGUGGCCUGGAGAACCGACUGCAGCAGUGGAACGAUUACGAGAUCAACUUGGAUCGUCUCAUCAAUUGGUUGGGAGAGGCUGAAAAUGCACUCAAGAAUUACAACCUCAAGAACUCAUUCGAUGAGAAGGAGGAGCAACUGACACGCUUCCAAUCUUUAACUCAGAGCUUGCGUCAAAACGAAUCCGACUUUGACAAGAUGAAGGACGAUACCUCAGAGCUGGUGCAGAGUUCCGGCGAGACGAGGAUUGCUGUGAAUGUGCAGCAGGUAUCCUCACGAUUCCAGUCCAUUCAAGCUACAGCCAAGGAGAUCCUGAAAAAGUGCGAGCAAGCUGUCCAGGAUCAUGGACAUUUCAAUGAUAAAUACAAACAGUGUGCGAAUUGGUUGGCCCAGGCCCAAGGACGCUACGACGACUGCUGUGACUUGUCUACCGUUGGAUCCCGCGAUGACCUGCUCAAGAAACAAAUGGUCAUCCAGGAACUGCUGGCGCAACAGCCCACGGCCACGCAGCUGCUGAACAGCACUGUGGAGCUGGGUGAAAAAUGUUAUGGCUCAACGGCCACGGAGGGUCGCGAGGCCAUUCGCAGCCAGUUGGAUGAUCUGACAUUCGAUCAGCUCUUCGACAACAUUGCCAUUACGGCCAGGAAGAUCCAGGAUAAAAUUGCCAAAUGGUCAGGGUUCGAUGAGAUUGCCGACAGCCUGAAGUCAUGGCUGGAGGAGACAGAGAGCGCUUUGCCCGCGGAACUCGAACUGAAGACCACGCUCGAUGAAAAGCGCACUAAACUACAGACCUACAGGGAUAUACUCAAUGACAUUAACAACCAUCAAGUGGAGCUGGGAAAUCUGCAAGAGAUUGCCGAAAAUUUGCCAGAGAAAACGGAGCAUGUUGAUGGGAUCCUCAAGGAUAUUGCCGAACGCUUUGGAAAGCUACAGAAGCGCGGCCAAUCCUUUGUGGAGCGUUACGAGGGUAUUGUUAGUGCCCAUCAGCAGUACUCAAAGGCGGUGAUGGAUGCCCAGGAGUUUAUUGAUGCCACCCUCAAUACGGUGCACUAUUGGGGAGAUUUGGACCUCGAACAGAUCUCCCUGCACACGAAUCUGGAUCGCUUGAAGAACCUGAAGGCCAGUCUGGCCGAUGAGUUCCCGCGAGUGGAUCAAGUGCGUGCUUUGGGCGAGAAGGUCAUUCCCGGCACCGUGGAUGUGGGACAAGUAAACAUCAAGUCACAGAUCGAUACAACGCAACAGGAAUGGGAGGGUCUCCUGGCGGCUAUUGAGUCGACCAUCGAAGGAAUUGAAUCGCGUCUCCAGCACUGGUCGGAGUACGAACAGUUGCGGGAUCAGUGUCUCGCGUGGAUACGGGAUACCGACAACAAUCUCCAUGCCAUUGAUCUAAAGGAGGAUCUGCCCAAGAAGCGCACACAGCUGGAUGCUCUGAAGACACUCCAAGGGGAUGUGAGGGCCAAGGAAUUGGAGGUGGAUAAUGUCACAGAGAAGGCACAGACGCUGGUAAAGGGCCACCGCUCUGCGGGUCCCGAAUUGGUCACGAAAUAUCAGCAGAUCUUCCACAAGGUCAAAGAACUGAACAAUCGCUGGCAGCAAUAUGUCUCCACGCACGAAGACUUUGAUAAUUCGAUCAACGAUUGCACCUCCUGGAUCAACGACAUCAAGGAGAAGCUCGACUACUGCUCGGACAUGUCGUCCAUGAGCCAAAAAGAGUUGGACAAGAAAUUGGCUACCAUUCAGGAUGUCAUCCUGCUCAAGGACGAGGGCUCUGCGCGUGUCUUGAAGAUCCUAGAGCAGGCCCAGCACGUGCUGGCCAAUACAGCGCCUGGGGGACAUGAGGCCAUAAACAGAGAUCUCACCGAUCUGCAGGAUCUAUGGUCUGGCAUUGCCUUGCGCAUAAUGGAUGUGAAAUCGAAUCUGGAUGACUCGAUAACCCAAUGGUCGGGCUUCCUCGAUCAAGUGCAGAAUGUGCGCAAGUUCAAUGAAUGGCUAGAGGCUCUCCUGAAGGAAUUGCUGGAAAAUCAAACGACAAUGACCGAGAAGCGAGCGCAGCUGGACCGCGUAAAGUCCACGGAGGAAAAGGUGCGCGUGGAGAAGAUCGACGUGGAUGCAUUGAAGAUUCAAGCCAAGGAAAUGAUUGCCAGCGGGCAGCAGAGUCAGGCCGCCUAUCAGGCUCAGAAAGUGUUGGACAACUUUGAUGAGCUGUUUGGCAAGACACAGAAGUUGUUGUCGGAUCGCCAGGAUCAGUACAGGGAUCAUCGUUUGUUCAAGGAGGCCUACGAUGAUUUGGUUAGCUGGAUAGGUCGUGCCAGGGAGAAGUUCCCUGCGCUCAAGCAGAGUAGCCUCAGCGAUAAACUGGCCAUUGAGAAUGCUGUCCAGGCCACAGAGGCGCUGCUCAAUAAACAGGCCCAGGGCGAGCUGCUGGUCGAGCAUCUGGUGCACACGGGAGAGGUGGUGCUUGCGAGUACCUCCACGCAGGGACAGGAGAUCAUCAGGAAUGAUAUACGCGCCCUGCGCGACAGCUUUGAGAGUCUGUUCCGUGAAAUCAAUCAGCAGAAGGAGAACCUGGAGGUCACCAUGGUGCAGUGGCGUGCCUACAAAGAGGAGUACGAGCGCCUCAUGGAGUGGCUGCAACAGAUUGAUAUUCUAGUCAAGAAUCACAAGCUCAAUCUGUGUCCCAAUCUGAAGGAUAAGGAAAAACAGGUGGCAGACAUGAAGGAGGUGAUGGGCAGACUGGAGAAGGGCAAGGAAGACAUUGAUCGUUUCAAUGCUUCGGCUGCCAGUCUUCUCAAGUCCCAUCUGGAUACCUAUGUGAACAAUCAACUGCGUCACCUGAGCUCUGUCUAUCAGGUGCAGGUAAAUCUGGCCAAGGAUGUGCUGAAGAAGGUGGAAACAAAUCGAGAUCAGCAUCGCGAAUACGAUUGCAAUAUGCGUUCGGCCAAGGACUGGAUUGCACAUGCCAAGACGGCCAUUCAAUCGGCCGGCGAUGGUGCUGGCUCCAAGGAGGCGCUGCAGCGACGUCUCGAACAGAUUCAGGACCUCAUACGUAACCGCGAAGUGGGUCAGAAUCUGGUGCACACAGCCAUCAAUAAUGGUGAAAAAAUUAUACGGAAUACGCGUUCGGAUGGCAGGGAUGCGAUCAACAGCGAAAUGAAGGAACUGCAAACGGAAUGGGAUCGGCUGGUGAAGAAAAUGUCCAAUGCCAAGGUCCAGCUGGAGACGAAUCUGCUGCAGUGGGCGGACUACAGCUCCAGCUACACACAGCUGCAGCAAUGGAUCACCGACAGGGAGGCGAAGCUCCAGCAAGCCUGCGAGCAAAAGGUUGUCAAAUCGAAGCGUGGACAACCAGGUCUCAGCAGUGGCCUGAGUGAGCGCAAGGCAAAUUUGCGACAGACCAACAACAUUGUCCAGGAUAUUGUGUCCUUUGAACCGAUGAUCCAGUCAGUGGCUUCCAAGGCCUCGGACCUGCAGCAAGGUGCCCCAGCUACAGAGAUCUCCGACAAGUACGAGAAUCUCACAAAGCAGGCCAAGGAUCUGUAUGAGAAGCAGAAGACAACAAUCGAGAGUUAUCAGUCGCUGAUCGAUGCCGGCAAUGACUUUGCCACAUGGCUGCGCAAUGCCAAGGAGCGUCUUAGCAAGUGCUCCGAGCCGACAGGCGAUAAGCAGGCGCUCGCCGAGAAGACCCACCAGCUGAAGAUCCUGCAGGGCGAGGUGCCCGAAGGUGCCCAGAAGCUAAAGAAUGCCCUGGAGCAGGGGGAGAUUGCCUGCCGCAGUGCGGAGCCCGAGGAUUGUGAGAUCAUUGAGCAAGAGGUGGCGCUACUGCAAGAGGAAUUCGAUGCGUACGUCGAGGCCUUGAACAAGGCCAAGGACUACCUGGAGGUGGGCAUUGUCAAGUGGUCGGACUACCAGGAUCAAUACACGGAAGCGCUCGAAUGGCUAAGCAAAACGGAGGCUCUGGUGCAGUCGUACAACAAGCUGCAGGACAGCCUUACGCAAAAGAAGGUCGUCCUCGAACAGUUCCAGGGACACUUGCAGACCCUCUUCGAUUGGCAGAAAACCCUCGAUCAUUUGAACAUGAAGGCCCAGGUGCUGCUGGAGACCUGCUCCGAUACGCGCAUCAGCAAUGCCAUCAUGCAGCUGACGACGAAAUAUAAUGCGCUGCUGACCCUGGCCAAGGAGGUGAUGCGCCGCCUGGAGAUGCACUACCAGGAGCAUCAGCAACAUCAUUCGCUCUACGAGGAGUGCCAGUCGUGGAUCGAGAACACACGCGAGAAGCUAGCCGACUGCGAGCACAUACCCAGCACGCUGAAUGAGGUACAAAUCAAACUGAAUACCGUCAAGAAUCUCCGUCAGGGCUUCGAGACGGGUCAGAACAAGCUGAGGUAUCUGAUGGAACUUAAGGAGAAGGUCAUCAUGAACACGGAACAGAAUGGUGCAGCCAAGAUCCAAGAGGACACCGAGGCACUCAAGCAGGACUUUGACAAGCUGCUGGUGGAUCUCAACGAUGUGCGCCAGAAGUUGGCCAAUCGUAUGGCCCAGCUGGAGGAGAUCUUCAAGCUGUACAAGAUCCUUGUCGAGUGGCUGGACGAGGCAGAGCCCAGUGUCAAAGCCAGCGAUGAGUAUCUCAAUGACUUGAGCGAGAAACGCGCUGCCCUGGAGAAAUUCCGAGUCAUCCAGCGGGAUAUCAAUGGUCACAAUGACAUUGUGGAGAAAAUCAAUCUGCGCUUGCGUGAGGACAAUAGCCUGGAUGCCAACGACUUCCAACCGGGUCUCAGCAAAUUUGAGUAUCUUCAGGCGGAGGUCAACAAGAUCAUAGAGUCUCUGGAGAACCAGGUGAACAGCCACGAUAAGUACAAGCAGGCCUACAACGAGCUGCAGGAUUGGCUGCGUCGCACUCGCAUUGAUGUCGAGCAGUGCGCCGACUGUCAUGGCGAAAAGGAUCAGGUGGAGAGUCGUCUCAAUCGUUUGGGUGACAUACAGGCCACCUCUCUGGAGGGUAAAUCCCUGCUGGAUGCCUGCGAGGAGCUCAGUCGUGCGGUCAUUGCCACCAGCGGCCGUGAGGGUCAGGAUAAUGUGGCCCAGGAGAUCAAACACUUGAAUGCCGAAUGGGAGACCCUCCAGGCAAUGUCGCGUGAUGCGCGCAACAGUCUGGAGACCUGCCUCAAUGCAUGGCAGACCUUCCUGCAGAAGUUCAACAAAAUCAAUCUGUGGAUCGAGACGAUGGGCAAGCGCGUUACCAAAUCCCAGGAAUCCGAUAACAAAACCACCGAAGAUUUGGUCAAUGCCAAGAAAUUACUAGAGGAAGUGCUGGCCGAGAAGGACAAUGUCGAGGAUUUAAAUGAUAAUUGUGAGCUCUUGAUGGAGCAGAGUGCCUGCACAAGGAUACGCGAUCAAACCAUCGAAACGCAGGCCAAUUACACAAAACUCUUGACUUCUGCCCAGGGUCUGGUGGCCAAGAUCGAGAAGAAUCUGUCGGAUCACACAGAGUUCCUCAACUACAAGAAGGAAAUGGAUGGUUGGAUAGAGAAGGCCCAGCAAGUGCUCAACGAUUGCGGCACCGACGGUGAUGCCUCCAUUAUUGCACAGAAAUUGGACACAGUUAAUUCGCUGGCCGCCCGUCUGCCCGAGGGUCAGCAUUUGUUGGCCUUGGUUCAGGAUGCCUACUCAAAGGCCUCCAACAUCACGCCCGAGGACAAGCAGGAAAAACUGCGCGAACUGAUGACCAAAGUGCGCGAGGAUUUGGAUGCUUUGGGUCUGGAUGUCAAGCAGAAGUUGAGCGACCUCAAGCAAGCCCAGAACCGUUGGAGCGACUUUGCUGCCAACAAGGACAGAAUCGACAAGUGGCUAAGCGAGACCGAGAAGACGCUGAAGGCGGCGCCGGAGACUAAGGGAGAGCUGAGCGAAAUGAAGACACUGCUGGAGCGCUACAAGACGCUGGGCAAUGAGCUGAAGCAGAAGGGCAACGAUCUCGAGCAGCUGCAGUCGGAGGCCAGAGACUUGGGCACAGAAGUAGAUGCCGUCAACCGUUUGCAGUCACGUUGCGAUAAGUUGAAGAACGAUUGCUCGUCGCACAUUAAGGCCCUCGAGCAGGAGAUGAUCGACUACAAUGCGUACCAUCAGAGUUUGCAGGAUGUGGAGAAGUGGCUGCUGCAGAUCUCCUUCCAGCUGAUGGCCCACAAUUCGCUGUUUAUCUCGAACCGUGAACAAACCCAGGAGCAGAUCAAACAGCACGAGGCAUUGCUGUCCGAGAUCCAGAAGUAUCAAACCAAUCUGGAUGACCUCAAUGCCAAGGGUCAGGCGCAGAUCAAACGCUAUGAAUCCAACACGCCAGCCAUCCGUCCCACGGUUGAGUCACAGUUGAAAAACAUUCAGGACAGCUACAACUCCCUGCUGCAGACCUCGGUGCAGAUCAAGAAUCGCCUGCUCGAAUCACUGGCCAAAUUCCAAGAAUACGAGGACACACUCGACAGCAUCAUGCGCAAUCUGGAGACCUACGAGCCGAUCAUUCAAACCGAACUGGAUGCCCCAGCGACCAGCCUGGAACUGGCCCAAAAUCAACUCAGAUGCGCCCAGGAAAUGCAGCACAAGUUGAACAACGAAAAGGCACGCCUAGCAGCCGCCGUGCAGGCCUGCGAAGCGGCCACUGCCUCGAUUAGUCGUCCCAGCUCUCCGCUGGAGACUGCCAUGCAGGCCAUACCCGAACGUGAAUUGAUUGUGCGCGCAAAGCUUGAAGAUCUGCUGGAUCAGCAACCUCCGCAAAAGACUCGGAGCUCAACUGACGAUAUUGAUGAUGAUGAAGAUGAUGUUGAGAUCCAAGUUGAGCUCAGCGAUGUCCAUGAGGCGCGUUUGGAUCCGAUUGCACAUGAGCGUGUCAGCAACUAUCGCCACAUAGUUCGCCUGAAUAACGCACAUGUGAGCAAGUUGCAAGAACUCGUCGCCAAGGUGCAAUCCCAUUUGGGUGGUUUGACUGCAUCCGUUGGCGAAUUGGAGCAACAGCAGAAGCAGCGCGCCGAGCUGCAGGAUUGGGUUAAGAAGCAACAGAGCUCUGUCUCUGACUGGUCAAUGCGUCCCAGCAAACUCCGUCCCGAGGCGGCACAACAGGAGCUUGUGGCCAUGAAUGAUUUAUUGAAUUCCAUUGGCGAUAAACGUUCCCAAUUGAUGCUGGAAAUGACUGGAUCAUUGGGCGAUGAGGACACAGAUUUGGAUGACAACAUUGACAAGCUUGAGUCGGAGCUAAUGGAUGCCAUUGCCAAGAAGCAGGCGGGCCAGAAUGUCAUCGAUGGCUAUCGCCAGGGCAUGCAGGAUGUUCAAAAUUGGUUCGACACUCUCAUCAAGCGCAUGGAUGUCCUUGAUCGCGGCUCUGGGCUGAAUUGUGCACAGAAGACUGCCGCCAUUAAUGAGAUUAAAAACGAAUACGAGCUCCAGGGUCAUCCCAAGAUCCAAGAGCUCAAGGGCAAGGCUGCACAGGUGGCUGAGGUUAUCAGCAAUCUGGAUGGCCAGCAGGUGGAGGAGCAAAUGAAAUCCCUGGAUCGUCGCUUUGCCGAUCUUGGCAAGCGAAUCGAUCGCAAGGCCCAGCUGCUGGAUGUCACCAACAAGGGUGUGGAUGGAGCCAAGGGUGAGAUUGAUCAGCUCCAGAAUUGGGUGAAGCAACAGAUCGACGAGCUGCAGGCACCCACUCCGCUGGGAUACACGCCCAAGGAUGCCGAGGCACGUCAGCAGAAGAUCAAGAGCCUGAUGAAGGAUGCCGAGGCAAAGCAAUCCCUGGCCGAUGUUCUCGAGAAGCGCAUUGCCAACAUGCAGCCGGAAUUGGAGCCAGCAGAGUACUCUCAGCUGGAGUCUGCUUUGCGGAAUCUCAACACCGAGAAUCGUAAUCUGUCGGGCGUGCUAAAGGCCGAACUGGAUCGCGCUCUGGAGGCCAGCAAGGCACGAAAGGCCUUGGAGAACGAUCUGGACAAGGCACGUCAAUGGCUCAAGACAAAGAUUUCGGAGGUGCGCAAGCUGCCCGUCUAUCAUCCACUGACCUCUGCUGAGAUUGAGAAGAAACUGCAGGAGAACAAAAAGUACGACGAUGAUGCCAAACAAUUCAACGACAGCGUUCUCAGCGAUGUCCAACGCCAAGCGGCAAACAUCAUGAAGGAUUGCGAUGAUGCGGACAAGGCUGCCUUGCAGCAGAUCCUCAGCGAAAUAGCCGCCGACUAUCAGACGCUGAAGGACGAGGGCAACAAGAGAGGCAAAUCUCUGGAUGAUCUGCUCCAGGGACGCAAGGCCUUCGAGGACUCAAUGAAGAAAAUGGGCGACUGGCUGAACGAAAUGGAAACGGCCACUGAGGGUGAGCUAAGAACCACCAGUCUGCCUGUCCUCGAAGAGCAGCUGGCGCACUACAAGAAGCUGCUGCAGAAUGCCGAGAACAUGGGCGGCCUUUGCAACGAUGUGUCCGAGCAGGGCAAGAGUAUUCUGCCUACGCUCAGCAAUGCGGAUAAGCUGAAGCUCAAUGAUGACAUUAAGAACAUGAAGGAUCGCUAUGGACGUGUCAAGAACACCAUCGAUGAUAGGGUUAAUGCCUUGGGCGACCACAUCAAGAAGUACAAGGAUGCCAAGAGUCGGUUGGCCGAUUGCAGUCAGUUCUUGGGCACCAUUCAGCAGCGUAUGCGUGAGCUGAACCGUCCGAUUGGCUCCAGGAUUGAGGAUGUCCAAGAUCUGUUGGGUGCCUAUGAGGGUAUACUCAAGGAACUCAAGGACAGCAAGAGCAAGAUGGGCGACAUGCAGAUCGAUGAUCUGCCUGAAUUGCAGAGCAUUUUGGCCCAACAGGAUGAUAUGAUUAAACUGAUAGAAGAUCAAUUGGCCCAUCUCCGGCAGCUGUUGCUGCUGCGCGAACAGUUUAUUGCUUUAAUCAAUGAGAUCAUUGCCUUUAUCAUGAAGUACACUGAUGUGAUCAUUGACAUUGAGAACUCCCCCGACAGCCUCGAGGACAAGAUCAACAAGUAUGACGAUGUGAUUGUCAAGAUUCAAGAGUGCGAGGGUGUCCUGGCCUCGGCCAAUGACAAGGGCCAGAAGAUCGCCUCUGAGGGCAAUGCUGCGGACAAGAACAGCAUCACCGAGCAGCUGCAAUCUCUGAAAAACCAGCUGCAGAAUCUCAGAAAGGCAGUGGAAUCGCAGCGACAGAAGCAUCAGCUUCAGCUGGAGUCCCACAAGAAAAUGGGCGCUGAGCUUAGCGAGAUACUUGACUGGCUGCACAGCCAUGAGGGCGCGGCCAAGUCCCGUCCCCUGCUCGAUCGUGAUCCCGAGUCGGUGGAGCGUGAACUGCAAAAGCACCAGAGCCUCAGUCAGGACAUUGAUGCCCAUCUGAACAAGUUCAACAAAAUCAACGAUGGCGUCAAGACGGAAAUCGGAAUGCCCAGCUCUCUGCUGGAAAUGCUUUCUGAGGGUCGUUCCCUGGUGGCCUCCCUGCCCCACGAGCUCGAGGAGCGCGAGAAGUAUCUGAAGAACAACCGCGACUCCCGCCUGGAGUACAUGCAACUGGUGGCCAAAUUCAAUGACUGGGUUCACGAGGCUGAGCUGCGGCUGCAGAACAGCCAGCAUGGCAUCGACUAUGAGCAUUUGGUCCAUGACCUGGACGAGCACAAGAUCUUCUUUGGCAACGAGGCACCCAUCCGCAAUUUGGUGCACAAGCAGAUUCAAGAGGCCGCCGACAAGAUCUGGUCGUCUCUCAACAACUACGAACAGUCGGAGUUAUCCUCCGAAUUGGCUCAGUUCCAGAACAAACUAACCAACACCCUGGCCAAUGCCAAGACACAACAGAGCGAACUGGAGCAGGAGGCCGAACGCUGGCGCGAAUAUCAACAAUCUAUUGAUCGCGUCAAGGCCACCAUUGAGCGCACCAAAUUCAGCGAUGAACCCGUACAGAAUCUGGCCGGAGUGCACUUUAACAUACAGAAGCUGUCGCAUGCCAUUGGCAAUGUUCAGAGUCAAAGCAGCGACCUUUCCCUGGUGAACCAACAAUCGCAGGCCCUCAUACGCCAGGCGGACGCACGCAAUCGUCAAUUGAUUGAGAAGGAUAACGGUGACCUGAAUCGUUUGUGGCAGGAACUGGUACGCAGCCUCGAACAGCGUCGCGAUAAUCUGCAACAGUUGGCCGAGCAUUGGGAUAGCUUUGAGAACAGCUUGCACGGCUGGGAGAAGGCAUUAGGUCGACUAGAGGAUAAGUUCCGCAAUGUCGAUCCAACUGUAAGAUCCCGACGUCAUUUGGAAGAUACAAAGAAUGCCAUUCAGGAAUUACUUGAAGAAUCAAAUCAACUUAAAUCAUCACAUAAAGAAAUCGAGACUCUCUCAAAAUCCAUCCUCACAUUCCUUGGGGAAGUACACAAACCCUCGGCGGAGGCCAUACAGGCCAAAGUGGAUAAGUUAGUUGCACAGCAGGCCAAAUUGAACGACACGCUACGCGAGAAGGAGCAACAGGUUAGCCAGGAUCUCGACGAGAUCGAGCAAGUCUUCCGUCGCAUUUCGCAGCUGCAGGACAAGUUGAACGCCUUGAACGAUCAACUGCAAUCGAUACACGUCUACGACGAGCACAUUGCCCAAACAGAACAGGCCCUGAUCACUCUCAACAGCCAAGUGCAGCAGGCGGCCGAGGAGAGUCGUUUGCUGGUUAGCCAGACAACGGCCAAAUAUCAGGCCAAGCAGAAUCUACUGCCCAACGACAUUGCCCAAGAGUUUACAGCUCUUGAGCUGCUUUCGGAACGUGUACAGGUGACGAUGGAGACCAAAGAGAAGGAUUUCAAGCGUGCCAAGACCGUGCGCACCGAGUAUGUGGCCGGUGUGGAUGAGAUCCAGCGCUGGCUGCUGCAAGCCGAAGUGCAGGUGCAGGAGCGCACUCUCAGUCCGACACAGAUGAAGGAGCUGCUGCAGCGCAUCAAUCAUGAGAUCACCGCCAUCUACGAACGCUUCACCCUGGUCAAGACCAACGGUCAGCUGAUUAUCGAGAAUUGUCGCAACAGUGAGGAGAAGACACUGGUGCAGACGACCAUCGAUCAGUUGGCCGCAUCCCUGGCCCAAGUACGUGGCUGGUUGGACGAGAAGAAGCAGGCGGUGGGCGAUAGCCUCGAUGCUUGGACGAGAUUCAUGAAUCUGUAUCAAAUUGUCAUGUCCUGGGCGGCCGAGAAGCGUACGUUUAUCGAUCAGUCGAUUGAUUUGCGCACCCUGCCCGAGGCCAGGAACAAACUGAACGACUAUGUGACGGCUGUGAAGAGUAUUAAACCGAUUGUCAAGCAUUUGAGCGAAAUGGACAAGGAACUGGAUCACAUUGGCCAAGUGACGACUGUGGGCGAUCUCAAGGACAAACUGCAGGAGGCCGAGGAUGCGAAGAUAACCGUGGAAGCGGUGCUGCUGGAGAGGAACUCUCUGCUGCAAGAGGCCUGCGAGGAAUGGGAUCAAUGUGAACGCAAAAUCAAGGAUAUACGUGCAUGGCAAGAGAAGACCAAACAGGGUCUGGACUCGUCGCAGCAGCAGAAGAAACCGCUGCGCGAUCAGCUUGGAUUCUGUGAGAAGACACUGGCCGACAUAAAUGUGCAAAAAACAAAACUGAGACUGUCUAUCGAGAAGCUGGAGGUUCACUUCCGCAAUGGCAUGGGUGGUGAUCCACGCCUUAGCGAGAAUGUUGACGAUCUGGUGCGCGUGCUCGAUGGCUUGGGUGAAUUGGUGAAAGCCAAGUCCCAGAGCCUCGAGCAAACGCUGGCCCAGAUCGAUGUCUACCAGCAGCAGAUGCAAACGCUGCGGCAGCGCAUCAUCCAGGAGGAGCAACAGCUGCGUCUGGUGAUGGCGCCCACGUACUUGCCACACGAUCGUGAGCGAGCAUUAGCCGAUCAACAGGCAAUGCGAGAAUCAAUCGAUGGCAUGCAGCAGACCUACGAUGCAACCGCCAGAAAGUCCUAUGCUCUGGAUCCCCAUUCAGUGGUAACCACUUCAUCGACUGUGUCGUUGCUUAUGAAGCCAACGGCCGUAGGUUUGACCUAUGCUGAAGUGUUAUCGGGACAAACGAGUCCGGUAAGCGGUAAUGAGACGACCCAAGUGACAGCAGCCCCAACGAAAAAACCCAGACAAGAACGCGUAUCCCCAGCCACUACAACGAACCGGCAAGAACAACACCACCAAGAAACUGCACACAACCAGACAACAAUUACAACAACCAUUACGACAACGACAACAUCCACGACUUUGACACGUACGCACGACGAUGACCAAAUCGAACUGAAUGGGGAAGGUAUAACCACUGCGAUCUAUGAAAGCAGAGAUCAGGUUAAGGUACCCCAACAGGUUACAGCAACACCUCAAAUCGAGAGUCAUGUGGAGACGAUCGAGAUCAGCAACAGCAGCACGGCACAACAGCAACAAGUUCCUAACCAACCUCAAUCUACCAGAAACCCCAGCAGUCAGCAGUUCAUUGAAAACGAGAGGCAAUAUCAUGUGAAAACGGGUAAGAAUCUACAGCCUCCCAGGCCAGAACGUCGCGGACGUUCGCCGAGACGCCGACGAGAGCCUCCCACAAUCGUGCAGGAACAGCAGCAGCAACAACACCAACAGGAGCAAGAGCAGCAACUCUUCUUGCCAAUGGAUGAUCGUACUAGAUCGCGUAGCCCUAUGUGGGUGCCCGGUUCGACGUCCUAUGCGGAAGUACUGCGAGGCCUGGAACUCGAGCGUCUGAAGCAGCAGGCGGCUGAGCAACUGGCCGCCCAAGCAGUCCAGAGUCAUGCUACGGAUUUGACCAUACAGGAUGUGGUGGACGCUAGUGCUGCGGUAGCAGCCAGUAUGUACGUCCCUGCAGCAGAGCCUGAAAUUAUCGAGGAACCAACACAACAGCAAUACAUCAGCGAGGUCAAUCCAGAACAUGGAUAUGUUCCGCCCCAGCAACAGCAGCAACUGCCACAAGUGGAAGGUGGAAACAAUUACGAGAUACCCAUGACAGCGGAAGAGAUUGCCGCCACUUACUUGCAGCCCGAUCCACAGCUGUAUCAAACGAUGUACGAGAAUGUGGCCGAUAGUGGCCAGUGGGGCUAUGUGGCGAAUGCCAGAACAGUGCCACAGCAGGAGCAACAGCAGCAGCAGCAGCCACAGAACUACUACGAGCAAAUGCUGCAGAUGCAAUAUCCCAUGCAGUAUCAGCCCGUUGCAGUGCAGCCAGCGACAACACAGUUUCAACUGCUGCCCGGCUACUACCAGCCCAUAGCCACAACCGACAACUACUCAACGCUCUAUCCCACAGAGCCAUCGCAGAUUUACUUUACCCAACCGACUGUAGAGUACUCACAGGAGUAUCAAACGCAGCAGCAGCAGCAGCCACCUCAGCAGGAAGCUGUGAUCUAUCAGCAGGAGACGACAGAGCAGACCUAUCUGCUAGAUCCGUACAGCGUACAGGAGUCGGCGACGGGUAACAGCGUGCUGGAUCGCGUAGUCACCACACUCGCAUCAAUGGUGCAACAGAGCUCCGAACCAUUGACCACCAGUACGCAGCAGAUUCAGCCCACUGUGGUGCAGAUCGAAUCCGAAGAAGAGGAGCCCCAGUACUAUAUCGAAGAGAGUGUACAAAUGCUGAGGUCAGUGGAGCCACAGGAGUUUGAGGUUGAUGAGCCACGACCCGACAUUACCUUUGGCCAGUUUGAUAUGGAUGCCAUUGAGACGAUACCCAUUGAGGUGCAGCAACCACAGCCACAAGUGCAGUCUCAGCCCCAGCCUCAGCCCCAGCCCCAGCCCCAAGUGCAAGCACAACAGAAAUCCAAUGUCGUUUCGACAACAAGCUAUGUUCAGGAAACCAUUGUGUCGGAUCAGACGACAGAACAGCCAACUGUGAUAACUCAGCAAGUCAGGACUCGAUCAGUAGUCCCCGAAACGACAGCAGCGACCACAAUCACUGUGCGUCCCCAAGACCAACGUGUACAGCAGCAGCACCAAGAAAUCCAGCCUCAGGAUAUCAGCGCCGGUAGUACUUACGCCGAAGUCUUGUUCGGUCUACAGCACAAAGAACAACAGCAACAGCAAUCAGUUUUCCAGCCAUCCAGUCAGCAGCUACAACAGAUACCCGUACGCCUAUCGCCGCCAACACAACGCAGAGCUGCAGCUGAAUACACAACGAAUACAAAGCAUACAACAGUUACAACCACAACGAUCACUAACUCAAGAAGAUCGCCAACUUGGGAGCGCAGGGAUGAUAAUGCCGACACUAGAACAUCGCGUCCAAAGCGAGUGCGACAUGAGACCCAACCCGAACCGUUGCCGAUUAAGGUUAGCACCCGUAAGGAUACAAAAUCGGGCAAAAAGCCUAGAUCUCCGGAGAGCAAUGGUGUGGAGAGCAUUAAAUUGGUGCAAGAAGUUGUUGAAGAACCCACCAAACAGCCAGAGCCGAAGCCAAGAAAGUCGAAAAAACCCAAAAAGACAACCGAUAAUGUAACAUUUAUAGAUACAGUGCAAUUUGUGGAACCCAAAGUGGAUGCAGUUCCAGUGGUGUUCAAGCAGGAGAAAAAACAGACAUCACCAAUUCUAGAGAAGAAGCAAAAGUCACCAGUUCUUGAGAAGAAGCAAACGUCACCAGUGCUGGAGAAGAAGCAAACGUCACCUGUUCUCGGACAAAACAAAAACUCAACUGCUGUGGAGCGAAAGCAAACCGUAUUAGAGACUACAGUUACCACCACCCAAACGAUCGAGCCUGCUGUGUUGGGAGUCACUUCUAUCCCUGAGCCAACACCAAAGAAGGAAAAGAAGCAACCCGCUAAACCUAUAGCCGAAAAGCCUCAAGUCAGCAAGAAAACUGCCGAGCCAGUCAAAGAAAAGGAGACUGUAAAGCCUGAAGUGAUUGAAACAGUCGUUGCAAAGAAGGAAGAGGUUGAAACUGUCGUAGCUAAGAAGGAGGUUCCAGCUCCAGUUGCGCCUUCCCGAAAGGAAAAGAAACAGUCAAAGACGACAGUGGAGAAGGUUGUUAUCAGCAGCACAACCAAAUCUGAUGAACCAGUCAUUAUAAAGGAGAUUGUCGCACCAGCUAGCGAACAAGAAAUUGUGCAGCCGGAAAUCUCCCAAGCUACGUCACAACGUAUUGUUCAAAAUGUUUGGGAACUGCAUUCAUCUUACGCUGAUGUUCUGAGACACACCGUUGACUUCAUUGAAUUGGAAAAGCAACACGUUCACGUUGAAGUUAAACCGACCAAACAUACAGAAACAGUUAAAAUUGUUGAGGAGGUUUCCAAAAAGUCAAAAACAAAGAAGGAAAAGCCCCAAAAGAAACAUCCUAAGAAUAUUAAGCAAAGCGAGGUUGAAAUUGUUGCUGUUGAAACCGUCAGUUCUGCUAGCGAACCUGUAACCCCAGAGCUCGUUGAGCCGGAAACAUUGGAAACUACAUCAUCUUGGUCAGCAAUGGUUGAUGAAGAUUCGAGUGAAAUUUUGGAACCGAAUCUUCCGCAGACCAGUAACGCACUAUGGUCAUCGAUAGUGCGACAAGGUGUCCAGGAACCCUUCACGAAGAUAACGCAACAAAGCUCCAACACCGAAGAUGAAACAGUCCCAGAGAAACCACAAAAGCAAAAGCCAAGAAAAGAAAAUAAGGUUACAAAAUCGGUUCCAAUCUCUGAGCCUGUGCAACCAGAAAAGGAACCACAAGUCAUAAUCGUAGAAGACAUCAAAUCUACCACAGCAGAGGUGCCCUCACAAUUCUCUUCCUGGUCGUCGAUUGUUUCUCAACCCACUGUAGAUAUUUCAACAAUAGUUCCACAAUCUCAUAAAAUACAGGAUUUCAUUUCCCAUGAACGAAACUCGGUUGUUGCGAUUGACAAACCAAAGAAGCCAAAAGCAAAGAAAGAAAAGAAAUCCCUGAAGUCAGAGCCAAUUGUUGAAGCAGUUCUUGCAAUUCCUAAACCAGCUGUUGAGGAAAUUUUCACACAACCGGAACCAGUAGUCGCAACUGAACCAUCGCUUCCAGUUACCGAUCUCAACACCUCUAAAACAAUGUCAUGGUCAUCGAUUGUUUCCCAAACUGUCGAAGUUACUCCAACGAUCACGGAAAGUGUGGUUCGAGAGCUAAAACCCACAUCACCUAUCGACGAAAAACCCAAAAAACAAAAGUCGAAGAAGGAGAAGAAAUCGCCAAAGGCGGAAAAAGUUCAUGAGCCCGUCGUUCCUGUUAUUGAACCUGUUGAAGUAACGGAUGCUGAAGAAACUGUUUCCGAUAAGGAACUAAAACCGGUAGACAUUGAAGAACAGCCCACUCCGGUUGCUGUCCCAGCAUCGCAAGCACCAUUGUCUUGGUCUUCUAUCGUCUCACACUCUGUUGAAGUGAUACCAACGAUCACCGAAACUCUUGUUACUGACAAAAAAUCUCCAGUUAUCCAAGAAUUUAUCGCCCAGGAACAAAACUUCUCUACCGCUGUGAACAGUAAGGAGAAGAGGCAAAAGUCGAAGAAGGAAAAGAAACCCACAACAGAACUAAUUCAAGAAUAUAGCUUUGAAGCUGUUUCCAUCGAAGAACCAGUUGUUGAAGUCUCCUUUGUUCCAGAGCCAAUUGUUGAAGAACCCACUCUUACAGCACCAGAAAUUGCACCGUCACACACUCUGUCAUGGUCGUCUAUCGUUUCACAAACUACUGAUGUGACAACCAUCACGGAAACUCAUGUUACUGAAGAAACUGAAGUCAAAAAUCUGUCUGAAGAACCACAAUCUAUACCAUCAGUAGAGGAAAAGCCUAAGAAACAGAAGACAAAGAAAGAAAAGAAACCCAAGACGGAACCGAUUCCGGAAACUACUGUGGAAGUUAAGACUAUCGAAGAGCCUGUUGUUGAAGUGACUAUAGCGCCAGAGCCUACUAUUGAGGAAGUCAUUCCAGUGGCAGAGGCUGAGCCUGUAGUUGAACCAAUUUCUUCACUACCAGAAGUUGCACCAUCACAAACCCUGUCAUGGUCGUCAAUCGUCUCGCAGACUACAGAAGUAAGUCCAACCAAGCCUGAAACCAUUGUCACUGAAUCAUCGAAAACCAAGGAUAUUGUGGACUUCAUCGCCCAGGAGCAGAUCUUCUCGACUGUUGUAAACGACAAACAAAAGAAACAAAAGUCAAAGAAGGAAAAGAAGUCACCCAAAGCGGAACCAAUUCUUGAAGUCGUGACUACGGUUUCAGAACCAGUUGUUGAAGUGGUGACUACUGUUCCAGAACCAAUUGUUGAAGUUGUGGCUUCUAUUCCAGAAAGUGUUGUUGAGGAAGAUAUUGCAGAGACAGAACUGGCACCUUCAGUGCCAGAAGUGACACCCUCAAGCACCCUGUCAUGGUCGUCUAUCGUUUCUCAAACUACUGAUGUGACAACAACCAUCACUGAGACUCAUGUCACUGAAGAAUCGGAAGUAAAACAUGUGCCUGAGGAAGAGACAUCCAAACCAUCAGUGGAGGAAAAGCCUAAGAAACAGAAGACAAAGAAAGAAAAGAAACCCAAGACGGAACCGAUUCCGGAAACUACUGUGGAAGUCAAGACUAUCGAAGAGCCUGUUGUUGAAGUGACUAUAGCGCCAGAGCCUACUAUUGAGGAGGUCAUUCCAGUGACAGAGCCUGAGCCUGUAGUUGAAGCGGAACGAAUUCCUUCAGUACCAGAAGUUGCACCAUCACAGACCCUGUCAUGGUCGUCCAUCGUCUCGCAGACCACAGAAGUAACUCCAACCAAGCCUGAAACCAUUGUCACUGAAUCAUCGAAAACCAAGGAUAUUGUGAACUUCAUCGCCCAGGAGCAGACCUUCUCGACUGUUGUAAACGACAAACAAAAGAAACAAAAGUCAAAGAAGGAAAAGAAGUCAACCAAAGCGGAACCAAUUCUUGAAGUCGUGACUACGGUUUCAGAACCAGUUGUUGAAGUGUUGAAUACGGUUCCAGAACCAGUUGUUGAUGUUGUGGCUUCUAUUCCAGAAGAGAUUGCAGACACAGAACUGGCGCCUUCAGUGCCAGAAGUGACACCAUCAAACACCCUGUCAUGGUCGUCUAUCGUUUCUCAAACUUCUGAUGUGACAACAACCAUCACUGAGACUCAUGUCACUGAAGAAUCGGAUGUAAAACAUGUGCCUGAGGAAGAGACAUCCAAACCAUCAGUGGAGGAAAAGCCUAAGAAACAGAAGACAAAGAAAGAAAAGAAACCCAAGACGGAACCGAUUCAGGAAACUACUGUGGAAGUCAAGACUAUCGAAGAGCCUGUUGUUGAAGUGACUAUAGCGCCAGAGCCUAUUAUUGAGGAAGUCAUUCCAGUGGCAGAGGCUGAGCCUGUAGUUGAACCAAUUUCUUCAGUACCAGAAGUCGCACCAUCACAGACCCUGUCAUGGUCGUCCAUCGUCUCGCAGACCACAGGAGUAACUCCAACCAAACCUGAAACCAUUUUCACUGAAUCAUCGAAAACCAAGGAUAUUGUGGACUUCAUCGCCCAGGAGCAGAUCUUCUCGACAGUUGUAAACGACAAACAAAAGUCAAAGAAGGAAAAGAAGUCAACCAAAACGGAACCAAUUCUUGAAGUCGUGACUACGGUUUCAGAACCAGUUGUUGAAGUGGUGACUACUGUUCCAGAACCAAUUGUUGAAGUUGUGGCUUCUAUUCCAGAACUAGUUGUUGAGGAAGAGGUUGCAGAGACUGAACUGGCGCCUUUAGUGCCAGAACAGACACCUUCAAACACCCUGUCAUGGUCGUCUAUCGUUUCUCAAACUUCUGAUGUGACAACAACCAUCACUGAGACUCAUGUCACUGAAGAAUCUAAAGACAAACAUCUGCCUGAGGAAGUGUCAUCCAAACCAUCAGUGGAGGAAAAGCCUAAGAAACAGAAGACAAAGAAAGAAAAGAAACCCAAGACGGAACCGAUUCCGGAAACUACUGUGGAAGUCAAGACUAUCGAAGAGCCUGUUGUUGAAGUGACUAUAGCGCCAGAGCCUACUAUUGAGGAUGUAAUUCCAGUGGCAGAGGCUGAGCCUGUUGUUGAACCAAUUUCUUCACUACCAGAAGUUGAACCAUCACAAACCCUGUCAUGGUCGUCAAUCGUCUCGCAGACUACAGAAGUAACUCCAACCAAGCCUGAAACCAUUGUCACUGUAUCAUCAAAAACCAAGGAUAUUGUGGACUUUAUCGCCCAGGAGCAGAUCUUUUCGACUGUUGUUAACGACAAACAAAAGAAACAAAAGUCAAAGAAGGAAAAGAAGUCACCCAAAGCGAAACCAAUUCUUGAAGUCGUGACUACGGUUUCAGAACCAGUUGUUGAAGUGGUGACUACUGUUCCAGAACCAAUUGUUGAAGUUGUGGCUUCUAUUCCAGAAAGUUUUGUUGAGGAAGAUAUUGCAGAGACAGAACUGGCACCUUCAGUGCCAGAAGUGACACCCUCAAGCACCCUGUCAUGGUCGUCUAUCGUUUCUCAAACUACUGAUGUGACAACAACCAUCACUGAGACUCAUGUCACUGAAGAAUCGGAUGUAAAACAUGUGCCUGAGGAAGAGACAUCCAAACCAUCAGUGGAGGAAAAGCCUAAGAAACAGAAGACAAAGAAAGAAAAGAAACCCAAGACGGAACCGAUUCCGGAAACUACUGUGGAAGUCAAGACUAUCGAAGAGCCUGUUGUUGAAGUGACUAUAGCGCCAGAGCCUACUAUUGAGGAUGUAAUUCCAGUGGCAGAGGCUGAGCCUGUAGUUAAACCAAUUUCUUCACUACCAGAAGUUGCACCAUCACAAACCCUGUCAUGGUCGUCAAUCGUCUCGCAGACUACAGAAGUAAGUCCAACCAAGCCUGAAACCAUUGUCACUGAAUCAUCGAAAACCAAGGAUAUUGUGGACUUCAUCGCCCAGGAGCAGAUCUUCUCGACUGUUGUAAACGAAAAACAAAAGAAACAAAAGUCAAAGAAGGAAAAGAAGUCACCCAAAGCGGAACCAAUUCUUGAAGUCGUGACUAAGGUUUCAGAACCAGUUGUUGAAGUGGUGACUACUGUUCCAGAACCAAUUGUUGAAGUUGUGGCUUCUAUUCCAGAAAGUGUUGUUCAGGAAGAUAUUGCAGAGACAGAACUGGCACCUUCAGUGCCAGAAGUGACACCCUCAAGCACCCUGUCAUGGUCGUCUAUCGUUUCUCAAACUACUGAUGUGACAACAACCAUCACUGAGACUCAUGUCACUGAAGAAUCGGAUGUAAAACAUGUGCCUGAGGAAGAGACAUCCAAACCAUCAGUGGAGGAAAAGCCUAAGAAACAGAAGACAAAGAAAGAAAAGAAACCCAAGACGGAACCGAUUCCGGAAACUACUGUGGAAGUCAAGACUAUCGAAGAGCCUGUUGUUGAAGUGACUAUAGCGCCAGAGCCUAUUAUUGAGGAAGUCAUUCCAGUGGCAGAGGCUGAGCCUGUAGUUGAACCAAUUUCUUCAGUACCAGAAGUCGCACCAUCACAGACCCUGUUAUGGUCGUCCAUCGUCUCGCAGACCACAGAAGUAACUCCAACCAAGCCUGAAACCAUUGUCACUGAAUCAUCGAAAACCAAGGAUAUUGUGGACUUCAUCGCCCAGGAGCAGAUCUUCUCGACUGUUGUAAAUGACAAACAAAAGUCUAAGAAGGAAAAGAAGUCAACCAAAGCGGAACCAAUUCUUGAAGUCGUGACUACGGUUCCAGAACCAGUUGUUGAAGUUGUGCCUUCUAUUCCAGAAGAUAUUGCAGAGACAGAACUGGCGCCUUCAGUGCCAGAAGUGACACCCUCAAACACCCUGUCAUGGUCGUCUAUCGUUUCACAAACUACUGAUGUGACAACAACCAUCACUGAGACUCAUGUCACUGAAGAAUCUAAAGACAAACAUCUGCCUGAGGAAGAGACAUCCAAACCACCAUUGGAAGAAAAGCCCAAGAAACAGAGGACAAAGAAAGAAAAGAAACCCAAAACGGAACCGACUCCAGAACCUAUUGUUGAAGUGGUUUCUAUUUCGGAACCAGUUUCUGAAGAAGUAAUUUCAGUGGCGGAACCUGAACCUGCAAUUGUGGACGAACAAACACCUUCAGUUGCCGAAGCUGUGUCAUCACAAAAAAUGUCAUGGUCAUCGAUCGUCUCGCAGACUGUCGAAACUGCUCCUGUUGUCACCGAAACAUACGUUUCUAAGACAUUGGAAACCAAAGCCAAACCCGUCGAUAGCCAGGCUUUUAUCGUCCAUGAACAGACAUUAGUCUCUUCAACUGAUGAGAAGGUGAAGAAACAAAAGUCGAAAAAGGAAAAGAAAACUGUCAAGGUUGAUGCUAUUCAGGAACCCAUCGCUGUAGUGAUUCCAGUUCAAGAAUCAGUUAAAACGGAACUAAUAACGGAGAAGGAACCAGAACCAAUUCCAACUUCAGCACCAUGCAUGUCAUGGGCAUCGAUUGUAUCACAAGAAACAACAGAGAUAACCCCUACGGUGACAGAAACAUUGCCCAAGGCACCACAGUCAAAGAACAUACAGAAUUUCAUCUCUCAGGAGCAGAACUUUUCGACUACCGUAAAUCAAAAGCCGAAGAAACAAAAGCCCAAUAAAGAAAGAAAAAUUGCAAAGGUAGAACCCAUUGAACAGCUUGUGGCUCAACUGACUGAUACAAUAUCUGAGAAAAAACUGGAACCAGAUCAACCAGAGCCAGCACCUGAAUCACCACAAACACUGUCCUGGUCGUCGAUUGUUUCGCAUAACAUAGACUUGAUUCCAACAUUCACCGAAACGCAUGUCACUAAAACUACAGAAAAAGUUCCAGAGGAGACCACUUCCCAAGAACAGAAGCUUCCCACCUACGUCGAAGAAAAGCCCAAGAAACAAAAGCCCAAGAAGGAGAAGAAACUACCCAAGGCAGAGCCAGUGCAACAAAUUAAAGAAGCCCCCAUUGUAGUUGAUGAGAAGAGGCCAGAAAGUGAACGUAGUUCAGGAACCACAACGCCAGAAUUUAAUAUUCAGCUGCCAACGCUCGCGAAACCAUCAGUAUGGUCCUCAUCAGAAACCUACGCCGAAGUAGUUAGGAAAUCAGGCUAUACCAAAAAUACAAAUAUUAGGUAUCAAGAAACCGAAAGGGAAACUUCGAACUCUAAGAAACCGACAGUCACCGAAGUGCCGCAAGAACCUGUUGUGGAGUUCCCAGAUCCAAUUAUUCCACCGAUUGUACAUGCAGAUGAAGAUGAAGAAUAUACCGAAAAGCCAUCACAACAGCUGUCUUGGAGGGAACUCAUUGACGAUGACGAUGAUGAUGNCGGGGAUAAACCGACUGUGCCUGAAAUACGCAAGCCGAACGACGACGAUGAUAAAUCGAACGAUAGGAGAGAUCCUGGUAGCGGCGGUAGUAGUGGUAAUAUAACGCCAACACCCGAACACGAUCAGUACGAACAGAAUAAUCGCAGCUGCUCAUCAGAGUAUAUGUCGACCGAUUUGCCGGGUGGUGUAGGUCAUUGGCGGGAUCAGAGUACUUAUUUGGCAUUAGAAGCCGAACAGGAAAAGCCUCAGGUAAAAUUAGGAGCCGUUGAUGUUGUUGAACAAUCAGCACCCAUCAAAGAGGAAGGUGUAAUUGUACUAACCGAAACUAAAACUAUUGACCCCACAAGUUCAAUCAACACAGUCCCUGACCCUGAAACAAGCCCCAGCAGUCCCAGUCCCCACAUAGCUACUGCAAACGCACUAAUCCAAUUGGCAAGCGCCACAACUCAUACGCUGUCCGCUAAAGCGAAUGCGGCAGCCGCAGCGGCACAGGCAACAGCAUUGGUGGCAACCAGUGCUCUACUGCCAGUAGCCAAGGCCGUAAUCAAUAAGCUUACGACAACAACAACACCAGAGAAGACAACACCAGUAGCACCAGCAGCAGCAGCAGCAACACAACCUCAGCAGGAGGUGCCAGAGCAAGCAGCACUGAUAGCAGCUGCUGUUGAGGCGCCUGCAGAGGUUGCAACCACAUCGAGCAGCAAGGAUUCGGUUGAUCCGAAUGUCCUUAAGCGUACCACAACGACAACCACCACAGUAACGACAACAACCACAACUGUUGAAACACCAUCGACAACGAGCAGUGGCAGCAGCAGCACGACAACAACCACAACAACGAACAACAACACCAACAACGAUCAACAGCAACAAAGGCAGAAGGAGACAUUUGACCAAGAUCUUGAUGAGCUGCUACAAUCGCUGUCAAGCGUCGAGGAUGGCAUCGCAAACAUGAACCAGAGCAGCCUGGAGGGCAUGCUACAGGGACUAAAGCUAAUCCAAACGAAUCUGGAAGUACACGAAAGGGACGCCCGCCAGCUGAAGGAGCAGGCUAAGACUUUGCCCACGGAUCCGGGAACUGAACGCAUACUAAACGAAACUGUAGAUCGGAUUGAUUUGCUACUGCGUCGCACCCAACAAGGCAUCACCAUGAUUGCUAAUGCUAUGCAUGGGCAGAAGAAGCGGCAGCAGGACAUUGACCAGUACCAGCAGCAUUUGCUGGAGCUAGAGCGAUGGAUCAACGAGGUAUCCGCCGAGCUGGAGUCCUUUGAGACCACACCGGACAGCAGCACCGAUGAGCAGGUGCUCAAGUCGCAGGUGGAACGCAGCCAGCAAUUGUUGCGCACUCUCAAGGAUCGCCAGCAGACCAUGGACGAUUUGCUGGAACAGACGCGACAACUUCAAUCGCAGCCCGAUGUCGCCCCUCUGGCCAAUACACUGAUGGAGCAACUGCAGAGUAUUUUAAUCAUACUCCGCGAACAGAUCACAGUAGCCACCACACGGAUUUUCACCAUCGAGAAGCGAAUUGUGGAUUUGCGAAAGGCCAAGAGCGAAGAGGCUCAGCGACAGCGAGUGCAGGCGGAUGCCAUGAUACAGCCCCCGAGCCAGAUUGAGGCACACGAAUCGAUAGAGUCCAAUGAGAACACAAUUGAUUCGACCUCAAUGCCCGAAGAGGAGGUUAAAGCACCCAGUGGUGGAGUAUAUGUAGAGACGCAAACAUCGUUGAGCCUGCAGCAGCAGCAGCAGCCGCCGGCGGCACCCAUUCAGGUGGCAACCACCACUGUUGAGGCACAAACCAGCUUCACAGAGGCACCCCCCCUGGUGGUGGUGGAAACCGCUGAGGUGGCACAGCAAACGCAAAAGGAGCGUACACCCACAGAGAACAUUGUGGUGACGCAAACGAUUCAGGAUGGCCAGGCCACCAUACAGAUUGACACCACACUGAAUAAAGAUAUAUCCGACAGCCCCGAAGAUGUGCAGAUUGAGGCGCGCUACCAUCAGCGUCCCCAAGGCGAUGUGGAUCGUGCCACCGAGCUGAUCCUGAAGAAUGUACCACAGGCAUUUGAGACGACAUUUGUGGAGCCAGAUGAUACCACCACUGAGGUGAUUGUCGGGCCCGAUGGCACCAAGCAUAUUGUCCUGAAAAAGGUCACGCGUACGCGCCAGCAGAUUGUGCAGCAGCAACAGAUCAGCUCAAUAGAGACUGUUAGCGACUCGGAUGGCAACAUUGAGGUGCAUUCGACGGGACAGAUCAAUCUGGAGAAUGUGCAGACAACAGACACCAGUGUGGAUCCACAGGAGGGAAGCUCUCGCACCGUUGUUACACACCAAUCGCGGGGCGCUCUUGUAGAUGCCUCACAACCCGAGGCGGUAACCGUUCAGGAGUUUGAAACAGAGCCAACCAUUGAGACGUACGAGGAGAUUGUGAGUGGUCCGGGUGGAGAAGAACACUUGCUGGGCGUUGGCGUUGGCGGCACCAGCACCAUUCGUGCUGUUGUGCAGCAGGUGACCCGCAAGGUGAUCCGCAAGACGCGGAAGAUAAUCAAGCGAGUGGUGAUCAUCGAUGGGAAGGAGCACAUUACCGAGGAGGUGAUUGAGGAGCCCGAAGAGAUUGAGAUAACCGAAGAGGAGACGGCGCCGCAUGUCAAUGUGAAUAUUGUGCGUACAAUCAAUGGGAAAGUGGUCACCGAGGAGGAGUUCCAAAGAAUGCUGCAAGAACCGGGCGUGAUCAUUGAAGAAGUUGCUGCUGAAUCGCCGCAACAGGUAUUUGAUAUUGAGUCUACCCACGUCACCUCCACCACAGAAACAAUAAUCACACCACAAGAACAAGAACAAGUACAGAUACAGCAAGAAUCAGAACAGCCAGAACAACAGACAACACCAACAGAAACAAUGAUCAAAGAACCAGCACCAGUAGAGUUGCCAGCACCUUCUCAAGUAGAUGUUGCAGAAACAUUAGAUGUUGCCAGUACUACUACUACAUCCAUCAGUACUGUUAAUGUUGCAGCAACAGAUGUAGCCAGCCCAGCGGAUGUUGCAGAAAUCACUACAGAACCUGUGGUGGAAGAUAUCCACGAAAUUUGGCCAAUGGAACAUCAUUUGAAGGCCACCAACAUUGACUUUUCACAACACACUGAGGAACUAGCACCAGCAGCAACAAUCACUACGGAAAUCAGAGAAGAAUCCAUGCCUGUGGAAACCAUUUGGCCCACUAGCCCAGAGACGGGCAACUCUCUAACGCUGGAUAACUAUGAAUUUGAGCCACAAUCACCCACAAAUAAGAUAGAACUUGAGACUGAGACAAAGCCUGAAACAGAACCAGAGACUAAACCAGAAACGGAGACCCAGCCAGAGACCAAGCCAGAGCCCGUCACCACUGGCAGUAUUAAAAUUACUAAGACCAUCACCACAGUGACCGGCCUAAAGGAGCAGUCCCAAGAAACCUCUGUAGAAGUUCUGCCUGAAACGGAGCAAGAAGUAAAGACUCCAAAAGCAAAGACUGAUAUUGAGAGUUUCCUGGAAGCUGAAAAGGCUUUGGCAGGAGCCCUGAAGGAACAUCAGACUGCACCUGCCACCAUUCAGGUUGUAGAAGUGCAAUCGGAGACAGUUGUACCUGAAACUCUUGAAAACGAACCCACUAAAGUAGAAUCACCUGCAGAAGCAACCAUAGAAGUCACAGAGAUAACGAUACGCCAGCCACAACAGCAGCCAGCGGAAGUUGUCAGCGUGGAAGUCACUCUGCAAGAGCCAGCAACAGACACAGAGAAAAAGGAGACGGACCUGCGCGUGGCCACCCAACUGUUUAUCUCUGGGGAGGCUGCCGCUUCAACGGGUCCACAAAAGUCCUUCCAGAUUACCGCACCAUCCGUUGAGGAUAAUGGCGAUGGUGUGCUGAAGGUUGUGAUGCAAAAGGGCAACGAGGAAGAAUCUGCUACUGCCACGACCACCAACGUGAGCAUGACCAUCAUUGAGACUGUAGCUCCUGCUGCCGACGCCAAGCGGCGUCGAAAGAAAAAGAAGAGAAGAGACACAAAGACGGAGGAAGAUCUUCCAGAACAAAAAUCAGAAACCGAACCAGAGGCAGCUGUUUCCGAGAAGGAGGAGCCAGAGCCAAUCCCUGUGGUGGGCAAAGUGCGCCACGAAUCAAUCGUGGAGAUCAGUGCCGAGAGCGAUGUGUCCAGCAUGGACAUUGACACGCCUCAAGACUCGGUUAAGAUUGUCGAAGAUGCAGUCGUCUCCUCGCCCUCAGAGUCUCCACGUGCGCCACACGUAGAGCUGGUGAUACCCACAGAAAUUGUAGAACUUUCGGUGGUGGAGGAUGAGGAACAGCAGACGACGCCACGUGCCACAACGCCUGUGGAAGUCGCCGCAAGGAUCGAGCAGGACAUCAAGUCCGUGCAGACAUCGCCGCAGCAUCAACCAACAUUAGAUGAGAUUUCAGUGCAGACGAGUCUGGAGUUACAACCCGAGAACCAGGAGAUGGAGUCGCAGACGCUGAUCAUUGAGAUUUCCGAGACAGAGGCGCAGACAACGCCACGCGGCGAUGAGCGAAUUUUAGAGGUAUCCACCACCGAAAUGCAAACGGAAGUCAGUGGCCAGCCAGCGGAAACGGUUGAGAUCUCCAGUCAAACGACUGUGACGACAACCAUUGAAAAGGAGCUGCAGACAACGCCCAGGGAAUCACCGCGUCAGCGAGAGCCAGGCAGUGAUGAUGUGGUGCCAUCGCUUGUCCAAGAUUUGGUUAAGGAGAUGACCAUCGAUCUGCCAGUGCCCACCACAGAGCAGUCAACGUUCACCGAAACCACAACGACCACAGAGACGCAUGUACAGACCAACACACCCGAACCCACAGAAGCGUUGGCCGGUGCCGUGAAGCCAGAGACUGUCCAUGAGGCAACCUCAACGCUGGAACUGGUGCAAGUGGCCGAUGGUGAGGCGCAGACAACGACACCGCGAGAUGUGGAACCACAGCAGCAACAACCCAUUUCAUUGGAUGAAUCCAACUCCACUUCCAUCUCGGAACCAUAUGAACUGGAGGUAAAGACCACAGUGGCGAUACCAGCUGAUUCGGAUGCUGGCUCCUUGGCUGAACCCACGGUCUACGAGUACACGCAGACCAUGGAGCUGCCCAAGCCAGAGAAGCGCUCCAAGAAGGACAAGAAAAAUAAGCAAAAGAAGGAGCAGCAGCAGCCAGAGGAGCCACAGAUCAGUGUCACUGUGGAAAUAGCACCCGAACUGUUGUCCGAAUCGGGCAUUGUUGUGUCCACCAAUCAGCAGAUCGAAGAGGUGCCGCAUGUGGCACCAGCAGAGAUUGAAGCGCCAGUGGACGUGGAGCCAACGAAGCCGCAACCGCAAAGAGUUCAGCUGCAGAUCACCACAACAAGGGUCUACGAUGAGUAUCCCGAUCUGCCAGUGCACAUUAUCGAGCAGAACAAGAUGAGCAUUGCAGAGCAGAGCAGCCGAACGACACGCAGUGGAGCGGGACCAACGUCUUCGGUGACCAUCGAAGAGGUAUCCUCGCCCACAGAAGAACUGGUGGUGGUGCCAAUCACCCCAGGGCCCGACAAUCUCAACGAGCAGCAGAGUAGCAUUUGGUUCCAGCCAAAGACAGUCAGUGCCCAGGAGCUCUCUCAGGCGCUGAUCAUGAGCGAGAGCCUGCAGCAUUAUCCCGGACAACAAAAACAGAAGGCCAACAUCCUUGUGGAGACCAUUGGGGAUCGCAUUAAGCACUUGAAACAGGCGACACCCCAGCAACAGCCGACAACGACAACUCCACUGAGCAAUGUCCUCCACUUGGCCACACUUUCGGAGCAGAUCAAGGAGCUGCCCACGGAACAGCGUCUGCAAGAGGUCAACGAAGGUCUGAGGGAUCUGGAUGCGGCGCUGCACAGCGGCGAUAAGACAAUCAUCCAGACGACAGUCAUCACGGUCAUUGAGAAGGUAUCCACGUGGCUGGAGACAAUCGAAUAUCGCGUUUAUCUCAUCAGACAGAACUCGAACGAGGGACCCUCCGAGGAGAAGCUGGACAACUACAACCAGCUGAACGAGGAGCUGCACACGAUCAAGCAGAAUGUGAACCAACUGGAGAGGCAGCUGUCAAAGACAGAGGAGCCCGAGCUGCACCAGUGUGUGGACACGCUGAAGGAGCAUGUCGAGGCCGUGGAGCAGGUGACGCAACAGAAUCAGGCGCAGGACAGCAACGAUCUGGACAAGUGGCAUAGCUUUGAGACGCUGCUGAAUGAUGUGUCCAGCGUUUUGGUGCAACUGCAGCAGCGCUACGAGCUGGUGGCCAAUCAGGAUUAUCCGCUAUCUGCCAAACUCUCGCACUUGGACGAGCUGGAGCAGGAGCAUGAGCAGGCGCAGCAGCAGCUGGGUCACCUAUUGCAGAAUGCACGCGCCUUCCAGCGCGAUUUCCCCGGCAAGAAGAUGCCACAAGAUGUGCACGAUGCCUUCGAGACGAGCAAGAACAUUGGCAACAACAUCCAAGCCGAACGAGAGCGUCUGCUCCAGCUGCAAUCCCUGGCGGAGGAGUACGAACAGACCCUCAAGGAGUUCACCAACAUCACGGUGCUCGCCGACAAGCUGGUCGAGUGUCCCAUUGUGUCCAGUUCUUUGGAGCAGCUGAACAACGAGGUGCAGAAGCAGCGCAAGUUCUUUGUGAACCUCAGCCACUGCCGCGCCAUGCUGGAGUCCCUCGAGGAGAACAUUGACACGGAGACGCGUGAGAAGCACUCGGAACUGCACAAGGAGCUGUACAACCGAGCCACUCAGCUGCUGGACAAGGCAUCCGAACGUUCCUCGAAGCUCGUGCAGGCCGCCUCCCGCUGGACCGUCUUGGAGAAGGGAAUGCGCGAUGAGUUGCAGUGGCUGCAGGUGGCCCAGCAGCGUGUGCCCGAUCUGUCGGCCGUGACAUCGGCAGACUACGAUCAGUACACAACGCUCUACCAGUCGCUGAGCAACGACAUCUCCCAUCAUUAUGUGAAGAUGACUCAGCUCUCGGGCAUAGCCAACAAGCUGCAGCAACUGGUGCAGGCGCCCAAUCUGGUGGAGGAAACCAACGAGGCGCUGAUUGUGCUGCUGAAGCUGCGCGAAGAGGUGGCUCUGUAUCUGCACCGCCUGCUGGUCUUCAAGGAGAUCUGGGUGCAGUACGAGCAACAGACCGACAAGCUGGAGGCCUUUGUGCGCGAGGCAGAGCAGGAGCUGCGCCACAUACAGAUACCGGCACAGCCCACCCAUCAGCCCAUCGAGCAUAUGCGCCAGUUCUGGGAAAUCAAAGCACGCUUCGAGCUGCACAAUAACGUCCGCAACGAUGCCGGACACAGCUUUGAGAAAUCUCUACAGGUUAUUCCUCUGGCGGAUGAGAUGCUGCAGCGGCAGUUCCAUGCCCAGCUGGACGAUCGCUGGCAGGCCGUGGCCCAGGCCAUCGAACAGAUUCAACACAACAUUGUUGAGUGCCUGUCCUCAGAGGAAAUGCCAGCGGCAGAGAAGCUGAAGCUGGUGGAACGUGAGCUGCAGGAGAUCUAUCUGACAAUGACCAGCAUGAAGGGUGUCAUCAAGAACGAGGAGGAGCUCUGUCUCUAUAUCGAACGUGUCCAGGUGCUGCGCACUCGCGUAGGCUUCAUUGGCAACGAACUGGGACGCAUUGGGCUCCAAGAGCCGGCCGCCAUUGAGCCCGAGAAGAUUGGCGAACUGUUUGCCCUUUCGCACAAGAUAACCACACAGAUAGCCGAGGAGCUGGAAGGUGCCUCCGUUCUGCGCGAUCAGCUGCAGUCCAUCCAGGAGGGCAUCAGUAACCAGCGCAAGCAUCAGGCCAAGAUCUCAGUCAUUCUGGAUGAAUGCGAGGCGGCUGAGCGCCAGGGUGCCGAUGUCCUCGAGAAGGCCGUCACCGACUGUCAGAAUGUGGGCGAGGAGCUUGUCGCCAGCUGGCAGGAGAUCAUGCGCAUCCGCCAGAUGCUCCACACCCUGCCCAUGCGCCUCAAGAUGUCCGUGUCGCCGGUGAAGCUCGAACGGGACAUUUCCCAACUGCAAGACGAUCACGCCUUCCUCGAGAGCAAGUGCACCAACAUCAUGGCCAUACUACGCAAUCGCCUGGCCAUGUGGCUGCGCUACGAGCGUCAGCUGGAGCUCGUCCAUGGCUCCGUACAGGAGACAGACUUUAUGAUGGAACUGAUUCGAGUGCACGGACAAGUGGACUACGAGCGACUCAGGAAAGCCACUGAAAGAUUAGAGGGACUCGCCGGCGAUCUACAUAACCGCGAAGAACUCAUCGAUGAGCUUAAGGGCGCCGCCAAGCCGCUGAUCGAGAGCUGUGAUGUCCAAAUUGUCGAACAAAUCGAAUCGGCUGUGCAGGAUGCGGUAGUUGCCUGGAAUGACACCACCGAGAAUCUGCAGCAGCUCUGCACACGCUACCAGCGAGCCGUUGAACUCUGGGAUAAAUAUCGCAACGCUUCGGCGGCCGUUCAAAGUUCCAUUGACCAGCAAAUGGAUACGGUCAAGUCCUUGGAGCAGCCCUUGGAUGCCCUACAACAUGCCAAGGCCUGUCAAGAUAAUUUGACUACACAAAAUGAUAGGCUCUUGGAACUGCGUGAUAUUGUGGCCAAAAUAGCCGCCGAUGUGGGCCUGGAUGCUUCGGCAUUGAUGCAGGGCGAAUUGGAUGCUUUGGGUCAACGUUUGACCGAAUGCAAAGAUGCCAUUACCACAUUGGCCAAUGUGGCCGAGACGCAGGACAAAGAGCGUAAAGAGCUGGACAAGGAGGUGACACAGGCCAAGUUUUACUUCAACAAUGUGCAGCAGGACAUAUCACGGGAGGCACCGCAAACGCCCAGGGAGAGCGAGGAGCAGUUGGCCGCGCUGCGUGCCCAUCUGCAGACUCUGGCCCGCACGGAGGAGCAGCUGCGGCAGCUGCGUGAGCGACAGCAGCAGAGCAAUGAAGUGGCACCCACAAGUGUCGCCGAUGAUGGGAUACUCGAGGUGCUGGCCCUGUGGCAGAAGAUAUUCCAGGACACGUUCCAGGAGUACCAUCGCCUGUCGACGCGGCUGGCCCGCAGCCAGAACAGCUCGGAGGCACUGCGCCUGUGGCGUCAGUAUCUGCAGCAUGUCCAGUCCUUCCUCUCCUGUGCCAUACCCGAGGACUAUAGCAGUCUGCGGGAGCAGCAGCAGCUGUGCGCCAUCCACCAGAACCUCUUGAUCUCCCAGCAGAGCGUGCUGGCAGAGACGCCACUCGAGUCGGAGCUAUCGGAUCAGUACAAGGCGCUGACCAAUCUGCACAACGAAACGCUGUCGCGGAUCAUGCAGCGCAACGGGGAACUGGAGCGUCGUGUGAGCGGCUGGAAUGCCUACCGCCAGCAGCUGGCGGCCCUGCUCGACUGGCUGCGACAACGCGAGGCGGAGCGCAACAAUCUUCAGCUGCGCUACAUCCACCUGAAGCGCGUGCCGCACCUCAAGAGCCGCCUGGAGGGUCUGCUGCAUCAGCUGGACCAGGGCGAGCAGCAGAGCAAGUCCCUGCAGGAGCAGCAGCAACAGUUGUCGCGCCACUGCGACGAGGCCCUGGCCACCGCCAUGCGCAUGGAGCAGGCCAGCAUCGGGCAGCGCAUCAACAAUCUGCGUGCCGCCCUCGAAACCUGGCAGGGAUUCCUGCACCGCAUCAGCCAGCUCUCGGAGACCUACGAGCAGCGUGUGCUGCAGCUGCAGAAGGAGUUUGGAGCAGCCCAAAAGCUGCUGGACAGCAGCAGCGAACCGCUGCCCACCCAGCCAGCGGCCAUUGAGCAGCUGCUGCAGGCACUGCGGGCACAGCGUGUCCAGUUGGGCGCACAGGUGCCGGCGCUGGAGAGCCUCACGGUCACCCAGGAGGAGCUGAAGGAGUGCGUUAGUCCGCACGACAUGAAGACCAUCCGCCAGCGCAAUUGGCUGUUGUGGCAGCAGCACGCGGACCUCGACUAUCAGCUGGCGAGCCUCAUCAACAGCAUUGACGAGCGGCUGUCCCUGCAAUCCAACUACCAAGUCCGCUACGGACGCAUCUCCCAGUGGCUGCAGCGACUCGAGCAGCGCGUCGAACGCGAUGCCGAUGUCUCGGCCAUGGCCAAUCCGGAGCAGGCAGCCAAGCAGCUGGAGCAGCAAGUCAAUGCAGAGCUGCAGCUGCGCGACAAGGAGCGCGAAUGGCUGCUCUCCACGAGCCGAGAGCUGCUCUCGCUGUACACCGAGGAGCCCGAGGUGCGGGCCCAAGUGCAGCAGCAGAGCGAUGCCCUCAUCGAUCGCUGGCAGCGACUCAAGUACCUGUGCAAGCAGCGGGCCACGAAGAUCGGCGAGCUGAAGAUGACGUUGCUGCGGCUGGAGGAGAGGAUAGCCCUCAUCCGAGCGUGGCUCUUUGAGGUGGAGUCGCAGCUGGACAAACCGCUCAGCUUCGACAGCUACACCCCGAACGUGAUCGAGGCCAAGCUGAAGGAGCACGAGCAGAUCCAGCGAUCCAUCGAGCACCACAGCAGCAAUGUUGGCGAGGUCCUCAAUCUCGUUGAGAUGCUGCUGAACGAUGCCGACAGCUGGCGCACUCAGGUGAACACCUCCGGCCUGGCAUCCUCCGCCCAAAACCUCGAGCAGCGCUGGAAGAACGUCUGCAGUCAGUCUGCGGAGCGUAAGCAGCGCAUUCUCAGCAUAUGGAACCUGCUGCAGAGUUUGAUCAAACAAACGGCCGAGCACAAGAACUGGCUGGGCAAGCAGGAAACCCAACUGGCGGGCUACGAACGUGACCACAAGUCCAGCGGCAAGCAGAAGCUGGAGGAGCGACAGAAGGAGCUGCGCUCCAAGCUGGAUGAACUCGACAGUCAGUCGGUGAAUCUGCGGCAUCUGGAACAGACGUACGCCAAGCUGACAAUGGCCACUGGUGUGGAUCCCGAGAACAUACAGAAACUCACGCUGCCCACCAAGGUGAUGCUGAGCAAGUGGCGCCAACUGACGCCCCGCUGUCAUGCCCUGCUCGAUGCCAUUGACAAGGAUGCCAAGGUGCUGCGAGAGUUUCAUGCCGCACAGCAGGAGGCCACUCAAUCCCUGACGGCCAUACAGAAGGCGCUCGAGCAACUGCCCAACCCAACAGCUGAGGCAGAGCCCAAGGCGGUGCUGCAGCGUUUGGAGAGUCUGGAGCGGAAGCUGCAGGAUGCCCAAAAGCAUGUCCAGCAAGCGGAUGCCUUGGCCCAGGACGCCAAGACACGAACCAAACAGCAGCCACAACUGAAGCAGAUGCUCGAACUGAUAACCGUCUACACCACACUCUGGCAGACAGUUCAGACGCGCAUCGUCACCCUGAAGACCAGCUGGCUGGCCAGAUCGGCUCAAAGUGCUGCCGUGGCAGUCAGCGAGGCGGCCAAUGCAGCCGUUCAGGUGAACACGCUGUCCCAGCGGAAGAUGCGCCAGGCACAGCAGAUGCAUCGCGAGACCUCCAUCACUGCCAAGGAUGCGUACAUCAUGGAGCUGCAGACGGCCAUUGCCGAGUGCCAGAACAAUCUGGACGAGCUGCAGCGUACGAUUGUGGACAAGACACGCAAGCCGGGCCCACAGAAGAUAGCGAAGCUCCUGGGCAAUGCCCAAUCCUCAACGGAACUAGUCAAGCAUCUCAGCAAUCUGCUGCUAACCGAAUGCCAGGCCGACAGCCAGGCUGCCCAGUCGGAAACCGUCUCAGAGCUCACGUUGCGCUUUGCAACACUGCAGUCGCAGUGGAAGGCGCGACAGCAGCACGAUCAGAAUGCAAGCAGGUGCCUACUACCUGCGUCCUACAAGUCCAACUGCAUACACGAGGUCGGCCGUCUAACGUGUCCGCUCUGCACGCAACGAAACUGGCAGCAGAUCGACAACGAUCUGUGGCGCCUGGAGCAGUGGCUGCAGUUCGCCGAGAGCACACAAAAGGCUCAAACGGCACCACCGUCCAACAUUGAGCUGCUGGAGGAUGUGACACAGGAUCAUCGCGAGUUCUUGCUGGAUCUGGAGAGUCACAAGUCGAUCAUUUCGUCACUGAAUGUGGUCGGUGAUCAUCUGGCCACCCACACCCUGGACACGGAGAAGGCUCGCCAGCUGCGCUCUCGCCUCGAUGCGGAUAACGAGCGCUGGAAUAAUGUCUGCAUCAAUGCCACCAAAUGGCAGGCUCUGCUGCAGACCGCCCUCAUGGGCAACAGUGAAUUCCAUCAGACCAUCGAUGAGCUGGUCGAUUGGUUGCAGCGCACCGAGCAGAACAUCAAAGCGUCCGAGCCCGUGGAUCUCACCGAGGAGCGUUCGGUGCUUGAAACAAAAUUCAAGAAAUUCAAGGAUCUGCGCGCCGAAUUGGAACGCUGUGAGCCGCGUGUCGUGAGUCUACAGGAUGCCGCCGAUCAGCUUCUACGCUCUGUCGAAGGCUCUGAGGAACAGUCCCAACAUACCUACGAAAGAACCCUUUCCAGAUUGACCGAUCUCCGUCUGCGUCUGCAAUCGCUGCGUCGUCUCUCCGGCAUUUACAUUGUCAAGCUGGGCGCAGUGCUCGGCUACGAGGGCGACAAUCUUGGUGUGCCGCUGCACAUGUUGUCGAGUGAGGCCGCCGCACCCAACACAGAAAAUGCAAACAACACCGAUGGCGAUGCUGUCGAUGGCGAUGUCAUCAAUACCACGGUGCUGGCACGCGGUGCUCGCUUCCUAGGCCGCGUUGCGCGUGCCUCCCUGCCCAUACAGGCGCUCAUGCUGUUGCUUUUAGGUGUGGCAACACUGGUGCCCCACGGUGAGGACUAUACGUGCAUGUUCUCCAACACAUUUGCACGAAGUCUGGAGCCGAUGUUGUCGUAUCCCCAUGGACCGCCGCCAACGUAAACCCCCUCAAAAAUGUCAAACAAAAAGAAAAGAAAAAGCUGUCGAGUUGCUAUUGGAUAAGUGCAAGAAAAAAGAACAUCAACUAAACAAAUAUAUAACAGAAUAAUCCCCUAAUUAUAACAUGCCUUUAUAAAAAAUGUCCUGUUUAAAAAUAUUUGGAAUUAUGACAAAUUUCACAUUUUGACCGUUUGUAUAGCUAAAGGCAUUCAAUUAAAAUUAAAACACAAAUCUUUAUCUGUAUUGUACAUAAUAAUUAAAUCGACCUACUCGUAUACCCCCCAAAACAAAACAAAACAAAACAAACCCCUAGACUCGACGAGCAUAAAGAAACACACAAAAACUUGAAAGAAUGAGAAACUAUAUUCAACAAACUAACGACAAAGUAACGAAACACUUUUGUAAAACGAUAUAUACAUUAUACAUACAUAUAUAUUUGCACAGCAAACAAUUUAUAUAUUCAUAUAUAUAUGAUCCCAGAACUAUAAAGAGACCCCAACAUUUUGUAUAUAAAAUAACUAAGCUAAAACGAAAUCAAAAUACGCACACGAAAAUUUUACUCAUAAGCGCACGCUCCCUUCAUCCAUAGAGCAAUUGCAGCAGCAGCGGAAGGUGGACAUGGUCUUUGCAAAUCUCGUGGAACAUUUUAGCACUAACCCAUGGCCACAAGCCGCUGCUGUUGCCAUCAGUCGGCCACGAAACUGAACAA